GGUAAAAGGCGCUGCGGGUGAUAAAAGCUCACGCGCACCUCGCGCUGCUCCGGUGGCCGUUGGAGAGAGAGGAGCGCACCUCUCUGGACCGGGAGCGCACGGCAGCCGGAGGGGCGGGUCUGUCGUGAAACUUACAGUUGCAGUUUAAACGUUCCUUCAUUUGUCAAGUGCUCUCUCGGACCGCGAGGCAGAGCUGGUACUAAUUUACACACUAAUUGAAAGCUGCCACAUGCGCGUGCGGUGCCGCACAGUCCUCCUCUGUGCGCCCUCGCCUCUUCAGAUGGGUUGACAGACAGAGCGGCACCGGUACCCGGUGGUCGGUGCAAACUUCGGGGGGCUGGUUCAAACUUUAGCCCGGAAUGAUCGUUUGCAACGUGAGCGUGAGCUGUGUGCACUGUACCGGGGGAGGAGCUGGCGGCACGGCGGCGACAGCAGCGGCGGCGGCAGUGGACGCGUACGAGCAGGUGCCCGGGUCUCUGCCACCCCCGACCCUGAGCGCAAGGGGGCACCUGGUGGUGGCGGUGUGCCUCGGCUUCAUCGGCACCUUUGGCUUUCUCACUAACUUCAUCGUGCUCACGCUGUUCUGUCGGUACCGGGCUCUGCGCACGCCCAUGAACCUGCUGCUGGUGAGCAUCUCCCUCAGCGACCUGCUGGUCAGCAUGCUGGGCACCCCGUUCAGCUUCGCGGCCAGCACCCAGGGGCGGUGGCUGAUCGGACGCGCUGGGUGCGUUUGGUACGGGUUUGUGAACGCAUGUUUGGGUAAGCAGCUGUUUUUUCUUUGUCUUUGGCACGUGUCAUAGAGACCCACGACUGAAAGAAGCACGCGCGAUGAGAAACGAGACCUCAAAAUUUCAACCUGAUCUUGUCGUUACUGUUUAAAACUGAUAUGGGGGAAAGUGGCAGUGUUUAAUUCAGUGUUUAAUUCAUGUUUAUAAAAGUGGCUUGCGUCUGAGUACGUUACGCACAUUCAUCCAAAGCGAAGUAAUUUAUCCAAAGUUGCAGCAUUUCUGAAGCAGCUCAUACACGCACGGUUAGAAACAGCUGUCUUAACAUGAUUAAAACCCCGCUGAGACAUUUCAGUCUGAAGUCAAUUUCUAUUACAAUCCUAUUAUGUGUUGAGGACAGUGUGCCGUUCACUGCCAAUAGUACUCUACCACACUGUAAACCUGCAAAAUGGCUUUCCCAUAAGGAAAAAUCAAUACGGUAGAGUAAUGUCAGGUUUUAUAACAGGAGCGGCUCAACAAAACAACCUGUAAUAAUAGGAUUUCUGGUUCUAUUACUUAAUAAAUCUGCUCAGUCUGAGCUCAAAUGUAGACUCUCUCUGGUGCACUCAGUUCUGUUGAAAACCUGUGACCUCUUCACCUCUCAGUUUGUGCACAAUCACUUUUCACACCACCGGGGAUCAAUAUGUUCGCACCACUGCUGAAUGGAAAAGGUCUUAAUUCUCUGGCCAACAUUUAGUGACCUCUGUUUUACUUAAAGCCCUGUGAUUGAUGGCACAUGUCAGGAAAGAAUCAAUCUGUCAAAUGGGUGAACCACUGAGGUCUAGUUCCGCCUCGGAGACCUCUUCACCUGCUAUUUUUGUAACUUUUACUGCUCGGGGUGUUUUUGUUGCUCUGCAUUAGUUUCAGGAUUUAAAAUAUGUUCAGCCGCAGAAACCUGUUGUUGAGAAUCUAUUUGUUUUUGCUCUUCGGAGUCUGAGCUUACUUUAAGGUGUACUAAAAUGUCACUGUUGUUGCUCCUAAAUCAGCUGUUUUUUCCCGGGAGUUUGGACUUGUGGAGCUCUGAGGUGCAGUUAGGUGGUCUCGACUUUAAAUCAGGUGUUUCCUCUUUGGACUCGGGCUGCAGGAUGUUGUCGGUGUUGCUGUUAAAUCUCUUGUUUCCUCUUAAGAGUUUGGACUUGCUGGAAUCCAUUGCUGGUUUUAAAUCAGUGUGGUAAGGGGUCUAAGUGAAGUUAUUGCACUGUCUGGACUUGAAUUCAGGGAGCUUUAAAAAACUGCUGCUCUACAGUCUGUGUUUUUGUCUUUGUGGAUAUGAAGUUAAAAUGAAAGUUGUCUUGCACUUGAACUGCUUAUAUCCUCUAAGUCGUUGCUUUAAAAUCUUUGGUUUUCUCAAUGAAGUUUGGUCUUGAAGAAAUGCUUUACCCAAUUAAAGGGAUAUUCCGGCAUAAAAGUCUUGGUCUGAUUGCAUGUCCAUGAAGAAAUGAUCAUAAAUGUUCUUCCUUGAGCUGCGUCACCCCGCUGUAGUCUGUAAUGGAUUGUCUUGAGGUCUCGCUAAAAAACAAACGGCUUCUGGAAGAGAGUAGGUGAGUUGUGUUUAGUCUCUUUGCUAAAGAAAUUAAGCAAAGUUAAAAAGAUGUUUGGUGGCUAGGACCCUAUAUGUCCUGUUGAUGAAGUUAGCUGCUGUUCUGAGCAUUAUUUCUGGCUAUAGAGUGGCGUUUUGGUUGAGGCUUGUUUAUGGCACCUCAGACCGCUGUGUAUUGCUAUCGUGCGGUCGUUACUAAAGUUGGUAUAACUGGAGAAGCAAGCAGUCAGCAACAUUCAUCUCUCGAGGAAGUGUCUAACUCAUUGUUAAGGUGCGUUUGACCCGGAAUAUCCCUUUAAAGCUCCUGUGAGGAGCUUUAAAACAUUUAAGAAAUACACUGAAAUUCAUAUUGAUGCCUUUCUAUGAUAUCCUAAAGAAAACAAUGAUGAAUUUGACUGUUUUUACAUCGCAGUUUUAAUGCCUGAAGCUGGUGUGAAAGAUGCUCCCAGUUGUUGGAUUUUGGGUGGCCUUACAAUCUCCUGUGGUAAAUAAAGCAACCUUAACGCAAGAUGUUAAAAAUGUCAAUUUAAAAGCACCGCAAACAACCAGUUUAUGAGGCAAUCUCCUCUUUUGGCAAGACAAGAGAAGAGAUUAUAGAUCACUGUCCAGCAAUAAGGCAUUUCAGCGUGCUUCACAUAAGGUCAACACGAACAGCAUGACUUGUACUGACCCUUAACACUGUGGGGCUGCCAGCGCCGGACAAGUCUUAAUGGAGAAAAUGGAGGAUGAAGAUAAGGCGCCGAAGAACAGCGAGGCAUUGAUGCUUUUAGACUGUAAACAAGGUCAUUUAAAGCUCCUGUAGGGAAUUUCAAAAAAAAUAUGAAAAAAACUGAAAUCAAUGAUCUCUUUAUGACCCUAGAUUUGUAAACAAGACCAAAAACAAGAAGUGCAUUUACUUUUGAGCAGUUAUUUUUAAUGCCUGCUUUGGCGCCAGAAUCCACACAAACAAAGGUUCCUUACAGUGUCUUUAAAGGCUCUGUUUACUUAAGUUGAUAUCAAUGGUUGAUGUAAGUUUUAAGAACAGUUAAAGCUACUGUGAGGUUUUCCUUUUUAGCUUUAUAAAGGAGACAAAAAUUCAAAUUGAUGCCUUUUAUGAUAAACAAAAGCAAACAACGACAACAUUAGUAACAAGACUGAUGGUUUUUAAAUCAUAUUCUAGUAUGAGGGGGUAGGUGUCAGCCUAGCAGCUAAAGGAAGCCCUGUUUUCACACAUUUUGUUUGUCAGAAGAUGAGCAUGUAGAGGACAAGAUAAACAGUGACUGCUUUCACCACAGGGGGCGCCAAAGUUGACACAAACCAAAAAUUGCUCACAGGAGCUUUAAAGUAUGACUUAAUUUGGCAUUGCUGUACGUAAAAUUUGUUGUCUGUCUGGACUCUAAGUAACAUGUCGUAAGAUAUCACCGGUCUGAAGUCAGUCAUUUAACCACAAAUCUUUGGGUCAUUAGCUUUGAUGCCCUCUUUGAUUUCUCUGUGGAGUUUCGUUUUUAGGAGUCUAUUCAUGCUUUUAAAAAGUCCUCUUCUCUCUGAUGUUUGGUGUUAUUAGUCUUUAAUCAGUUGUUUUCAAUCUUCAGUCUGGACUCACUUUAAUUUAUUCCAAAUUUAAAUGUUUAUUGGCAUAUUAGAGGAAAAAACAAUUUCACCAAAGCAUCCAGGUACAAAUAAAUCAAAGGUUGUUGCUCAUUAAUCAGUUGUUUCUCUCUGGAGUCCUGACUGUGUCUGUUGUUGUUGACGAAUCGAUGUUUCCCUCUCUAAAAUCUAGACUCUGUAAUGUUUUAAUAAAAUGAACAAUCAGUUUUGGCAUAAAAGUUUUCUAAACUUUUCCCUUAAGUACCAAAGAACAAAUUGGUCAGGUGUUGCCAGCGCUUGACAAAGAAGCUGUUUACUCUCUGGAGUCUGUAGCUGUGAUGGGUUGUUGCUCUCAACUCAUUUUUCUUUUCUCUCCAGAGAGUCUGGACUAGCAGUACAGUACACCAAAGUGUUGUUGUUGCUCUUAAAUAAGAUGUUUCCUCUCCGGAGUCUACAUCGACAGUUAAGUGCAGUAAGGUGUCGUCGGUGUUGCUGUUAAAUCUCUUGUUCUCUCUACAGGAUUCAGACUUACGAGAAUCUGUCGUUGCCUUUAAAUCAGAACUUUUUCCUGCUGUAGUCUGGAGUUCAGAUCAGGUGAUCCUUUUUUGCUGAAAUGAGGUGUUUCUUUUGGAGUUUGGACUUGUGAAAGAACAGUGAGGUGUUAGUGCUCUUUCCCCUGAGUCUGGGCUGAAAGGAAGGUGCUGUUGCUCUAAUAUUGGACUCUGUCUCAUGAGUAUAACAGUGCGGUAGGGUUUGGUUCGCCAUCAUCCAUCAGCUCAUUUAUGUUAGUCAUCACAACCAGUGUUUCCCCUAAAUUCAUUCGCCGCUGCUGAAUCACGUGCGCCACUACUGUAAUUUCACAUUCUCAUAAAUAUCAAUGCGCCGCUAAUGAUUUCUACUUGCAAUGUGUGAGCACAACAACACACAACGUUAUUUCCGACUUGUUUUGAGUCAUCAACGAGCGCAUCAAAUCCUGUCGGACCCUUUUCUAUAAAUGUGAAGGGUGAUGUUCAAGCUAAACACGGUCUAUAUAACGAGAAGUGCAGGUAACGUAGCGUAACGUGAACGUAACAUAUGCUCGCUCUGUCCCCUCUGCUUUACUAACACACACCAGCUCUCUAACUGCGGUCACAUGAUGAUUUUAGCGGCUGUGGUGCAACAUGUCGAAGAUACACUAGGAAUCAUGGAUCACAGAAAACUUGGGCAAGAUCAUACAGCCUUUGUUUCUGUGGAAAGUGUCUGAAUUUGAUCUUUUACUGGACUUGGUGUCAAACUAGAAGUUUUUGUCAGUUUUUCCCAUGGCAUAUGGAUUUACAGUGGCCGCUACCCCUCCUCAGACCACUUUGACCUGGAUUGUUUUCUAUCUUCCCUCAUCAAAUUGAGGAUUCUGACUAAAUCCCCUUCUAACCCCACUGUGCAGCUACUGAUGGCAUGAACAGCCUCCCAAUAUAACCAUGUAUGCCAGACUCACAUCUUCCAAAAAGCUGACGUUUACUCUGUGAUGAGUCAUGAGUUAUAUCUCAUUUGCAGUUAAUCCACGACUUGCAAACUUUUCAUGGUUAACUUUCCACUUUCAAGAGCGUUGAAUGUUCAGAAGCGGCUGCAGACUAAACAAGUAACAAUCAAUAACAUCAAAUAAGUGUGAGCGAGAAGAUUUGAGGCCUCACUGUUCAAAGAGACCUGAAUGAGAAAAGAUUGGAUUCUGAAGCGGGGCUGGUCAUUGGCUCGCUGAAACGACCGGAGAGCAGAGAUGGGAACCCGAGCAUCAAAGAUUCAUGUGAGUAGUGAAUGAUUGAUGACGGUUUGGUCAGGACUGAUCAGAUAGAGGAAGGACAGGAAGAAAUUCAGGCCAGUUUGAAAAUUUCCAGAAAUAACCCAAAGGGUCAAGUUAUUUCAGCUUGUGUUCUGGCUGACGGAAAGCUUCAAAGCUGUGAAAGAACAUUAUGUACAGGUGUGUACAAAAGCUACGAUGUACUGAACUAGUAAAAUACUUCAAUAAACAUUUUUUUGUGAUUGUUUGCUGUUUUGUCUUUGUGGGCCUAAAGCCAGGAUUUCAGUUUUAUCUUUGUUAUGUUGUAGAAAAUGUUGUGAUUUCCAGUGUCUGAGUUCAUCCGUGCAGUUGACCCGGUUCUUGGCUCGACUGAGAUUUUCAGAGUGAAAGUGAGACGAGUGGGAGGACAUGUUGUAGUUCUGUACAACAACACCAAGAGGGAGCAUGAGAAUACAGAAGAAUAGAGGACCAAGUACUGAACCUUGUGGCAUCCCACAGUGAAUCUUCAACAUGCACUACAGCAGUGCAAACUAUCAUGCAGCCACAGGUGGAGAGAGGAGAGCAGGGAGAGCAGCAGGAGGAGGCAGGAGUGUGUGUUUGAAGAGCCAGGGGACGGAGGUGGUGUAGGCAGGAAUCCGUUAAAGAAGCAUCUUUUCUCGUGGUGUAUAAACAAAAAAGCUUUUAAUGUCAGUCAAUAGCUAUUAGUCAUUGAUGACAUUUGGUAAUAUAAUGAUAUCGCUGUGUUUCGUUAUGUCUGCGUCGUCAACAUUUUACAUUUUUGAGCAGCCCGCUCUUUCUGACUGUAAACAAAGCCGUUCUCUGCCUCCCCCUGACCUGAUUGGUUGUGAGGCAUGGUCCACGUUCUUGAAUAACGUUCAGGAGCCCAAACAAAGUUAGCGUGCUACAAUAUUGGACAGUAGAAACCAACCAGAAAGUUCGGAAAAUUGUCCGAAUCCUCUUUUGGCCACGACUGCCGACACAAGCAAGAAAACAAAGUAAAUAGCGGAGACUUUGGCGGAAUAACGGGCGCUCAAAAAGGAGGUAGACUGGACAAGAGCUAAAAAGCCGGGUCAACAUCAAUGCAGCAUUUGAGGGACGCUUCAGGAUCUUGGUGACCCUGUAACCUUUCUGCUGGACAGGUAAACCUCUUUAAGAAAGUAAGACAAGUGUCUGUAACAGAAGUGUUUCUUGUCAAACGGACCUGCUGUAGCGUGUUGUAGCGCCGCUAAACUGUCCUCCCUCGGGUCCUGGACUAUGUCACUUUAUCCUAGUUGUAGAAGUCCUGCAAACAUUGUGUUUGCUGGUAGUCUGUUGGCAUCUACAGUAGCACCAAUGCUGUUUACUUUCACCUUGACUGGGCCCCAUUUGUAAUGAUCUGAAGUAUUUAUCUGCAUUAUAUCGGAAUUUAAUUGAAACGAUACGAUCGAGCAGGAGCGUCUGUUUGUGGGCGGGGCUUGUUGGAGCAGAGAGGGAGGGGAGAGGAGGAGCUGAGGGGAAAAGUGGUUUGGAGGGGUCGAGUUUACAUUCAAGAUUUCUCCUAAAAACUGGAACUAACUCAGAUCCUGCCUACCCCACCUUUAACGAGCUAACAUUAGCCGAGCUAAACAGUCCCAAAUGUAAUCUUAAUCCUUCGUGUUAUAAAGAUGCAGGCUUGAAAAGGCUGAAUGAUAUGUUGAAACUGUAGCCUGUUAUAAAAUUUAAGUAAAAGAGAGGCUCUAAUUCACAAGUUUUUAAUAACAGGCUGUGAAAUCUACAGAUGCGGUUAGCACAGCAUGCAUUAGUCAAGACCACAAGCUUUGUUUGCAUACUCCCCCCGCUCUUCUAGCUGCACCAUCACUGUAAGAGACCUCACUGAUAUGAUAUAGAAGAGUGAUGGGAGUGUUGAAUGUGAUCCUUGUGUGUUGAACCCUGCAGAGUCUGAACUGUAAAUAAUUGCCGCCUGAGGAGGAGUUUUAACUUGUGCUGCUUUGCCUCUUCAGAGUGCAUAUUUUAGCAAUGGUGUAUUUGUGAGAGUAUUAAAUCGCAAUAAGUUAGCAAUUUUCUAUUCUUCACAGUGCUCUCCUUUCUUUUCAAAAACUUGGUGACAGCAAAAAUAAUACAAACUAAAAUGGUUAAGUGCACUCAGUAAAUUUUCUGUUCAGUGUCUGAUUAUGACUUGUAAUCAAAUAAACCCCAGGCUAGGAGUGAUUUUGACGUGCUACAGCGCUUCAAUCAGGACUUUUGUGAAAACUUAAAUGAUCUAUUCAAGGUCCCUGCUGUGUCAAAUCCCAAAGGUCAAGUCCCUGCGAAGUUAAAUGAGUACUUUUAUGCCACACAGAAUUCAUCUUGAUAAUUUUUGUCACAGUUAGGCUCCCGAAAGUGCAAAACGCUUCAAGUUAUCCGCGAUGGGAGACUGUUUGUUCCCACGAAUUUGUAUUGUAAAAUUUUGUGCCAAAGAUGUUCUAUAACUUAUUUUUUAACUAUCCUAUAUCAAAAGAAUGGUAUAAUAUUACAGACACAAUUAAAAGCAGCUGCACAGUGUAGUUUUUAACAGGUUUUCUCAGUCAUGGGGUCACAAUCAGGAAUUUAAGAAAACAGUACUGGACUAUUGAGUGAAUACAUGCGCUGAAACGAUGAUUGGAAAGUCUAAAUUCAAGAAUAAAAAUAACCCGCAGAAGUCGUUGGUGACUUUGGGCUAUUUAGUUACAGACGAUGGGACCAUAGCUGGCAAGUAUCCUGUCUUUGGCAGGAAACUACCAUAUUUUACCUCUCUUUCCCACUGUCUUCCCGUAUUACUAUUCCCCUGUAAAUCUCUCGUAUUAUAAUAUGUGUGUAUAAAAAAACAUUAUUCUGCUUCUCCAAACUGAACUCUGUCACUAGGGCGCACUAAGUACCCACCAACUAGUAGGAAGUAGUAAGUUGUCAUCUGUGUUUACACAGGUGGAAAAUUUCCCUUAUUUUCCAAACCCAAACAUGACAGGUAUGGAUGGGACCUUAGAGCUGUCCAAGUUACUGUAAAUUUAGCUUGACUACGGGAGUGAAAAAUAGCAGGAUCACUAACUCUACAUGGAGGAAACACAUGGAGCUACACACAGCCGCAUAGACACUGACUGUUGUGGACUGAGGCGAACAAAAUGGAAAUGAUCACAUUAUAGAAAAAAAAACGUUUUUCCAGUCCAGAUCCCCAUUUAGAUACUCCAGGGUGACUCAUAAUCUGGAUGUCACAGUACGCAAAUGCUGAAGUAUAAGUCGAUUAAAACUUGCAAGGUACUCGACCAAAAUGUUAUCAAUUUAUGUAAAAGUCUGGGAAAAUACCAAUAAAAUGUUCUGCAGAGGACCCAGGACUGAGCCCUGUGGUACACCGUAAAAAAAAGACGAUUAUUCAGUCCCAGUGUGAAACAUUUCUGUCUGCAAGAUAUUAUGAACAAUCUAAGAAGAGACUUAAGCCAGGUUGGCAUGUGACACAACUUUCCCCACAGCUGAACUUUGACUUUUCAGUAAGAACCCUGAUUACUAUGUUUGACCCUUCCACCCAUCCAUCCAUACAAAUUCUUCUAUAUCUGACAUCUUCCCGUGCUUUACUCUGCUGCUCCUCGGGUUGGUGCUUCAAUGUAAAUUCAUGUUGUCUGAAAUGACACAUCCAGUCGAUAGAUUACAACCCAAGCAGCUGGUAAUAAGAACAGAGUAGGCUCCACGCUGUUUCAUAUCUGCGCUCCUUUGACAUCUUAAGAACCAGCUGGGUAAGAAACAAAAACACGGGUAGAGAGCUCAAUCAAUUUUAAUUAAGUUGUUCAAUUGAAUUCAUUUAAGUUAUUUUUGAAAAUUACACCCUUCCUCCUUCACAGCCUGAGGGGAAAGUUUGUGGCAGGUCUGAUUGAGACUCCAAAGAGAAAGCUGUAAUCAAAGAUGGGAACGUUUUUGAGAAAAUAUAUAAAAAAAGAAAAUCUUAAUUUUACCCCAGAUGCCCUACUUUUCACCAGCCUCCUAAAAAAAGCUUCAACUAUACAAAGAGCUUCUCAAAAGUGCUUUAAUGACUUGUUAAUCCCAGCACUUAUCGAUCAGUAUCUCACAGUAACAGAAAAAAACACCUGUUGAGUCUGAAGAGAGAAACGGGACACUGAAACAGAUCAAGGUCUUACCCAGGUCAUCCAGCGUGAAACAAAAGCAGCUGAAACCUUUUGUUUCAACGUCAGCUCGUCGAAGUUGGAAUCCAGUUCAUCUGUUAAUUCACUAAUGAGACAUUGUUCGCUUCGCGGCAAUUAUCCAGACAACAUCAGAGCGACUGCGGCGUGCAGUCAGGGACGGUUAGGAAAGAGCGAAAUCAAACCUCAUCAUGUCAUUUCGGCUGGAAUAAAGUCCUCUUCUCCCUCUCUCAUUUACUGCUGCUCUCAUUUUAGUUUAUUGUGUUUCUUCUUCUUCUUCCGACAGGUGCAAAGAGGUUACAUAACAAACUGAGCAAAGUGUUAUUACAUGCAUAAUGUAAAACGAGCAGAUAUGUUACAGGUGUCACCCUCACAUGAACCUUCACAUGAGCUACAGCCUAAUAUUGUUUAAGGCGACUGUUUUCCCUGAAGCACAAACAGGUCUGAACUCACUGAAUUAUUAAAGCUGAUAGAAGAAACGGUUUGGAUUGAAGUUGUUGUGAAUGUAAAGAUGAGGAGUUAUAAUUAUAGUCAUGAUCACAUAAAUCAUAUUAAUAUUAUCUGCGCCCUCUUUGACAGUUUGCUCAGUUUCAGGCGAUUGCAGUACUUUUCUCUGUUAUUGCAUUAUUAAAAAACUAGAUUUGUUGUUAGCAGUUUACGAGGUUACACACGGAUUUAAAAGACUGUUAUUGUUUAUAUAAGUGUGUAUUUCUCUAUCGGAUGUUGUAAUUUGACUCCUUAUGGGUUAAUAAAAGAUCACACGUUCACAAUCACUGGCGGCUAAAAUGAUUGUGUCACAGCACAUUACAGUCACUAUACCUGACAGAAUGCAGAACCCAAAACUGGAUUUGACUCGAGGCGGACAGGCCUGCAGUCUACCAAUGUCAGCCAAUAAUCAGCUCCUUGGGACACAGUGUACUGAAAUAAACUGAUUUUCUUUUACAAUGUAUUCCUUUAGUAUUAAUAAUAUUCCUUUAAAAUGCAUAAUUGUUGCUUUUUCAAAUUGUGCAGUAACUUACAAACAGUAAUAGUCGGCUAACUGUUAUUUGAUGGAAGAAAAUCUUGCUAAAGAUUUAUACUUUUGACCCAAAUACUCAUAAAUAUCUGCCUUGUACUUGAUUUCUAACUUCAGCUACUGUAACACGGUGACCAAAUGCUGCGUUCCAGUUGUACUCGGAAGUCGGAAUUUCCGAGCUCUGAGUCGGAAAUUCAUUAGGAAAGUCAGACGAUCCUCACCAACCCUGACUUGACGACAACGUCAUAAUCCAAGAUGGCAGCACAGUGCAUCAACAGUAAAGAGUAACAGUGAAAACUCUCGUAAUGUAUUAUCUAUUAGCACUUCUGUUUUGUUUUUGUGAAAUUAAAGCAGUGGUAUUUGUUUUACUGCCCAACGUCUAACUGUGAACACGAUGCUAUGGUGAUCGUAAAAGUAAAAUACUGUGUUAUGCGUCGUUUACAACUGGUGUAGCUAACAACAACUAACAUCCACUGACAAUAACUAACAAAAGCUGACAAUUGUAAACAACAGCUAACAGCGGCUAACAGUAGGCGUCCAUCUUGGUUUUCCAACUUGUUUACUGGAACGCCUUCAACUUGAGUGAAGCGUCAUUCCCAGCUCUGACAUCCGACUUUUGAGGUAACUGGAUCGCAGCGUUAUACUUUUGACCCAAAUACUCAUAAACACCUGCCUUCUACCUGACUUCUGACUUCAGUUACUGGAACACACAGUCCUUGGUGACCCAAGUCCUGUUGGAUCCCUCCAGAAAGUAGACGACUACACUCACGUCCACGUUCAGUAGCUGCAACCUGCACAGCUCAGUUCACCGCUCACCAAAGCGCGGUGAUGCACAACGUUGGCUGAAGUCUUCGCAGACAAGCAGCAGCAAAAUAAAACAACAUUUCCCUUUUAAUUGUAAGUAAAUAAGACAGAGCAAAACCUCUGUUUACAAUGAAACUGAGACCAGAAACAGAUGAACUGGUGCCACUCAGGGGGGCGUGAUAAUCCAAGAAGUUCAAGCUUUUCAACUUUUAAAGAAAGUAUCGCAAAGAAAUGAAGCGUUGACCGAUGGUAUCACAGGAGUUACUGAAAAGUUUCUCAAUGAGGUUGAAGGCUGGGUCAAAAGUCAUAAUGUUUAAUCUAAAUUCAGACUCCGUGUGACACUUGCACUCGUAGAAACUUUUGGUAAACUGACGUCUUGAAGGUAAAACAUGAACUCCUGCUGACUGAAGAAGGAGUGACUCGUCAAAUCUUAAGCCUGUUUGUCUGAGUGAUCCUGAGUCAGGUACGGAGCUGAUUAGUCGCAGAUGUGGGAAGUUUUAUUCCCUUUCAUCCCACCAGGCUGUUGUUGGAGCCAUGUUUCCUUUUGUUUGAAGUUACAGACUCAGAAAAGCAUCAAUUUGACAUCUGAGAGAUUAUCUUCUUUAACAAAUCUAACUUUGAGAAAAUCCAUGUGUUUGAUUUUAUACUGUUUUGGUGAGUGUUUCAGACAAGAGUACAAUGGUCACUGUCUUACUAGUUCUUGUUCUCCUUGUGAGCUGAAGUGUUGCUGAGUGAGCAGCAUCUCUGAGAAAUGGUUUCUUUGGCAUCAGUUGGACCUGAAACGAGAAAGAAGAGGGGAAUAAAGAGGAAGGGGAUGACACAAAUCUAAAAAGACAGAAGUGGAGGGUGAGGAUAAGGGUGAGAUGAGAUAGAGAGAGAAGGCGCUCUGAAGAAAGGGACAAUAAAAGACGAUUAGCUCUUGUGCUGACUCAGGCCGACGAGGAUACGGGGUCAUUCAUUUUACCAUAAACGUACUGGACUCCACGGCGCAGCUGGGUGAGGACAAAUCUGGUCUCAGGUGGAAAAACCAUUAAAAUGCAUACAGGAGAAUCAAAGUGGGCCAUGUUUGACUCAAAGCCAGCUUUGGGGACAGAUACACCCCCCACUGACUCCCCCACCAUGCUGAGAGUACAGACUGUGCAGUCCUUACAGGAAAUGAAUGGAAAAAACGAUCGCUGUUAAGAGGAGCUGUUGUGAUGCUGAGGAAGCAGAACGUUCAUAUUCAAGAAAUCAAUUGAACCAGACGGGAACGGCUGCACUUAUUCUGCAGAUUUGUUUACUCAUAGUUGUUAUUUUCCUUUUUGUGUAUUGUCCAAAUGUUUACUUUUUUUUGAUGCAGAAGGGAAAAAAACUGCAGCUAAAACUUUUCAGAUGAAGUUUUGAGGUGAGGUUGCCAGAGGUGGGGAAAAGUCCUUAUGUUGCAAGUCCAAGUCGAGUCUCAAGUCUUUGCUCUCAAGUCUCGAGUCAAGUCCAAGUCCUGAACUUUUUGUUUCGAGUCCCAACCAAGUCCUUACCAUUUCUUUCAAGUCAAAAACAAGUCCUAUCAAAGCCAUAAACCAUUUGUUAUAUGUAAAGAUUUACAUCAAUCAUGAGCAUUUUUCACUAUUUGCAUUUAUUAUUAAACAAGAGUUCUUGUUUGUGUUGAGUUACUUAGUGCAGCUUUAACCAAACUAUUUUACAUGCCAUACAAAAAAAUAAUCAGAAAAACUUCAAUAAUUGGAAAAUUAGACAAUGUGCACAAAAAUAAGGAAGACUCAAAUACAAUUAAACAUUAAACUGAUACUCUAAUUCACUGUUCCAAAACAAAACAAAAGAGAGACACAAGGAAACACGUGGAAACAGGCGGGCAAAAGUGUUGUCGUUAUGAGGGAGGCGAGAGUUUGAGACAGUGUUGCCAAGUUUCAUGAGAGAAAUAAGGAAACAGACCUCCUGAAACAAGCCAAAAACAAGCAUUUUUUUUGUGGGAAAUAAGCAGACUUGGCAACACAACACGGUGUUACCAACGGCCGUAAUUCCUGACUAUUAGAACGGUUUGGGCUUGCUGUAAGGUAUUAAGUGACUUGAAAAGACUUGAUUUGACUUUUCAAGUCACUGGGCUCAAGUCAAGUCAAGUCAAGUCUCAAGUCUUUAGCAAUAAAGUCCCAAGCAAGUCCAAGUCAUUUCUUGAUUUCAUCAAGCAAGUCAAAAACGGGACUCAAGUCCAAGUCGAGUCUCGAGUCGAGUCGUCAAGCCCCCACCUCUGGAGGUUGCUGAGGAUAUCAACUUUAAAGCUGCUGUGAGGAAUUUUUGCUUUGUGUCCACUUUGGCGCCCCCUAUGGACAAAGUGAUCCCUGUCAUCUGUAAAUGUGAAAGCCGUAAUCUUGGACAUUUAAAAUCAGACUCAGGAUAAAAAGUUCUGGGGUUGCUCCUUAUUGUAACCUCUAAUAAUCUGAUUACAUGCUUGGCACACGUGUAAAUGAGUUUCUCUCCGGCCUAGAGGGCAGACUGAUGAAGUCCCUCUGCUUUAUCAAGCUGGAGUGCUCCGCUAAUGAACGAAAGCCGCUCUCUCACUCCUUCUUCAUUUACCUGCAAACACACUCACACAUUUGCACACGCAGUUAUCAGCAAACACAUAAUUAACUCCAUUAUUGGUAAGGCUCUCACUCUUUCCUGACGCUCUCAACGCCGCUCGCACCCACGAACCUCGGCAUUCUCCGCGCCGCAGCGAAGGUGUCGGCCAAUCGGGCACUUUCAUUACACACUGAGGUGCGGUGAUUGUCUGUAAUCAAAUGCUCUGAACCUGAGAGACCCAGAGUUGAUGGAGGUGAAGAGCCUCUGGACCGGCACUUUAGGUCCUGUCUGCGCUGAUUAGCUCGACAGAUUUAGUCACUUCAGGGGUCAGGUUGUUGGUCAGGUUGUUGCGGCAGAAGACCUUCACCCACUGAAAGAUGCGGGUUACGAGUUCUGUUUGUGUUUGUGCGCAUACAUGUUUCAAACAGACGCUGACAGAUGACAGUUUAAUGAUGAAAAGCCAACUCAAGGUCACGACACAAACAGGUGUUUGAACGGGUUAACUAAACCUUCAUUUAUCCCACGGUGGAGAAAUUUGCAAAGCGCUUUAAGGUAAAGUUUUUAAUAUAUGAGAAAUUUCUGCUUGAUCUUGACGAGAGUUUAAGGAUUUUCACAUUAUGAGCAAGGAAAAGAGUUUCAAGAUUUUCAGAUGGUUUAUUAUCAGGCACACUGAGCACAUCAAUCAAGAUACAUUUUUAUGAUAGGGUAGAUUUAUUUUAGAUAAAGUUUUCAUUUCAUUAGAACAAUCACUACGAAUAACAUUAUAACAGUAUUUGGAAUAAACAAACUUAAAAUUCCUCCUUUUUUACCAUUUUUCCCCCAAUCUCCUGCACCUGUUUUCACAUAUCUGAGGGUUGUUUUCUGAUGAAAAAUCUCAUCUCCCAUUUUUCUUUCUUUCUCUCUUUUUUCUCUCUUUUUUCUUUCUUUCGUUCUUUCUCUCUCUUUCUCUUUCUUUCUUUAUUACCUUCUUUCCUCUUUCUUUCUUCUUCUCUAUCUUCUUUUUUAAUUUUUUAAUUUCUUUAUUUCUUUGUUUUCUUUGUUUCUUUUUUCUUUGUUCCUUUUUUGUUUUCUUUCUUUCUUUGUUUCUUUUUUCUUUGUUUUCUUUCUUUUUCUUUCUUUUUUCCUCUAUCUUUCUUCUUCUCUAUCUUCUUUUUUCAUUUCUUUCUUUCUUUCUUUUUAAAUUUUUUUCUUUCCUUCGUUCUUUCUUUUAAAUAUAUCACUCACUGUCAAAGUUUGCCGUACAUAAUGUCAUUUCAUGCUGCUUCUUUUAAAUGCUUUCCCUCACUUUGUAUCCUAACCCCAUAGUGUCGAUUGCAGUUGUCAUAAAUAAGAGUUUGAAAGUAGGACUGCGCAACACUGAGAGAAACUAAUGCGAUUUUACUCUUUUCUGAACAAACAUCGAACAUGACGUGCAAAUGUUUGGAAAGAGGCAGUCCCACAGGGUUGAGCACCUGCUGCUGCGACACGUUAUGGUGGUGCCUCUUCCAACUCUGACCAUCUAGUGUGCCCGCCGAUUAGUCAUUGUUGACGAAUAUGACCGCUGCUUCGUACAAAGUCGACACACAGCCCAAUCUUUUCUUUUAUUUUUCCAUCUACAGGAACCCAAAUUUUCCACGCAGCUUAACUUGGAUGCUUUGGUGUCAAUAUUGUCGGCUCAGCGUGGCUUUGCUUGACCAUGUCCCUUAUUUUUACUGAGGUCAAGAGUGAAUGGAUUGGCCAAGUCAUGAUGAGAGCGCCCUCUGCUGCGACUUAGAGUAUCCAGAUGUGCUGGUGUCCUGAAUUAUUAUGAGUUCACCACAGUUUGAUGUUGAACUUUUCUCCCAAACUUUGAAUAAGGAUUCAAGUUUCAGAUCAAGAGUGACAGCUCAGGACGAGGUCGUCUCAAAAUCCGUCUUACAUAAUCAAGAGUUUUCUGGGUAUCUGUGACCUUGCGUGCAUGUUUACAUUCAGAGCCACACAGACAGAGACACGGCCUGCACUGCAGUCCUCCAUGUGUUUUAAUGAGAGGCUACAUUAGAGAGGUUUCAGACAGACAGUAAUUACAUUUAUUCUGGACCACAAGGACGUGGUGACAGCAUGAUGUGUUUCAGGUCACAUGAUCGGCACCGCCUGUCCCUGUAUGUGACCGUAAUAGAAAAUGCAUCUCGUCACCGAUGGCUUUGUUUUCUCUUGCUGCUCAUAAAGAAGCAUUAGUAUUCGUUCCUAACAGAAGCCCCGGGGGAUUUGAAUUAUCUCUGUUGGAUUUCACCAAACAAAUGAGACUGUUUUCCAAUGCAAAUAUGAUGAACGCCACUUUCGGUUUGCAUUUCUUCUGCAACAAAGGAAGAUGAAGUUGACCUCUACUCUCAAACAAAACAGGAAAGAAGAUAGAGAAGUUUAGAUUUAUCCGCUGGGCUGAAAAAUGAGCUGAAAUCUUCUGUAUAUCCGAUAAAAAAACGGUGUUUAUUGAGAUUGAGAGUCCAGAGAGAGUGCGGAGAGUAGAAGGUCUUUGGGGAAAUAUGUGAAAUUGCUGUUAAAUCUGUGACUUCUAGCUGUCUUUCAAACCAAGGUUAGUGUCGUCUCUGUGCGGAUGCAGGAAAUGUACUCCGGUCUUUGUUUUAAUGUGGUUUUCAUUUUAUCUUGGAGUUAAACACAACAGAUGCUCCAAUUAAGAGAAAACCUGCUCUUCGUUUCUCCGCUCUACCUCCUAAACUCCAGAUAUUAUUGCUACUUUAAGAUACGCCACACUACUUUGUCACACACCUGCUGACCAUUUGCUCCUCCUCAGGCAUCGUCUCCCUGAUCUCCCUCGCCGUUCUGUCCUACGAGCGUUACUGCACCAUGAUGGCGACCACCAUAGCCGACGGCCGAAACUUCCGCCCAGCUCUGGGAGGAAUCUGCUUCUCCUGGCUCUACUCGAUGGCCUGGACUGUACCGCCACUGCUGGGCUGGAGCCGAUACGGGCCAGAGGGUCCCGGCACGACCUGCUCGGUGGACUGGAGGACCCAGACUGCAAACAAUAUCUCCUACAUCAUCUGCCUGUUCACCUUUUGCCUGGUCCUGCCAUUCUGUGUCAUCUUGUACUCCUACGGCAGGCUGCUGCACGCCAUCAGACAGGUGGGAAACGUUUGAAAAUAAGACUAUAAGAAGAAAGUGGGCACGAGUUAUUAAAAAAUUGCUAACCUAAUAAAAACACUGAACUGAGCUGGUCCACUGAGGGUUUCCAAGUUGUCAAGAAUAUAAGCUCGUGCAUUUUUAAAGACGUACCUCUGAAAGCUGAGAAAUGAAGUGAUCCCUUAGCCUGUGUCAAAAAACCUCCGAGUAGAUUUGGCAUCUCAUCUUUGUGGUCCGUUAAAGCUGUCAACACCAAUUUAUUCCCCUGUCAUCUGCUUUGAACUCUUUGAAAGACUGCAACUAAACAGCUACAGUGAGAUUUUUCAUAUAUGACUCAAGCCUCUGCCUAUUAUCCCAGAGUAACUCACACCUUUAUACGAGAGCAAUCGCCACCAGAGACACAGAAACAACCUUUAUUUAUUCUGAUGUUAUUGCUUAUUCGGCCUCUCUGGUGUAUUCCUAAAAGUGAAGUUCUCCCCGUAUGAACGCCUCAUUUAAGAGAAAAAAUAAGUUUUAAUGGUUGCAGAAGAGGGGAGGAUCAAAGUUUUGGAAAUAUUUUGAUGAUUCAGUUUGUUUUGCCUGCUUAGAAAUAAUGCAUGCCUUUGUUCAGGUUUGAUCUGCAGAUCUAGUCCUCCCCUCACCUGGUUUAUCCACAAAGUAGAUCCAACUUUGGGUUUCGUUUGAAAAAGUUGAGGAGAAAGCCUAAAAGAAACAGUCAGCAACAAAGUCAAAUAAAAAAGAGAAAAAUUACCUGAAUAAGAGUAGAAUUUAAUCCAGUUUAAGAUUGUUCGAUGAAGUAUUAGGGCCACAUGAACAAAAAACAUAAUUCAAGACUUUGAAAUCAAAGUAAUCAAGUCACGACAUUAAGUCAUUACUAAUGAGAAUAAUGUCAUAAUAAAGUAAUCACUUAAGAGGGUAAAGUCAGAAUAAAGUCCUCAUAUUCUAACCUGUUGUUGAAAUGAGAGCCAUGGAGCACUUUGUAAAAAUAUGCUUCAAUCAACGUUUCUCAAUCUUUUGGCACAUCAGCAUCACAUUAUCAUGAGUGUCAUAAAAGUGUUAUGACAUCUUUAUUCUCGUGAGUAAUUAUAUUAUUACGACUUCAUUCACGUAGGAAAUGAUUUUAUUACGACUUUACUCUCAUAAGUAAUAACUUUAACACAACUUUAUUCUCAUAAAUAAGUAAUGAUUUUAUUACGUUAUUCUUGUGAGUUAUAACUUUUUUUUACAACUUUAUUCUCGUAAGAAAUUACUGCGACAUUAUUCUGAUAAGUAAGCAUUUUUUUACGACUUUAUUCCUGAAAGUAAUGAUUUUUUUACAACUUUAUUCUUGCCAGUAAUGACUUUAUUCUUGUAAAUAAGUAAUGAUUUUAUUACAACUUCAUUCUCGUUAGUAAUUACUUUAAUACGACUUUAUUCGCUUAAAUAAUUAAUGAUUUUUUCAUUACUUUAUUCUUGUUAGUAAUUACUUUAUUACGACUUUUUUCUUGCUAGUAAUGACUUAAUUCCUGUAAAUAAGUAAUGAUUUUAUUACGACUUUAUUUCUGUAAGUGAUGAUUUUUUUGCAACUCUUUUCUUGCUAGUAAUGACCUUAUUCUUGUAAAUAAGUAAUGAUUUUAUUAUGACUUUAUUCUUGUAAUUACUUAAUUACGACUUUAUUCUCUUAAAUAAGUCAUCAUUUUUUCAUGACUUUAUUCUUGUAAAUAAGUAAUGAUUUUAUUACGACUUUAUUUCUGUAAAUGAUGAUUUUUUUGCAACUUUAUUCUUGCUAGUAAUGACCUUAUUCUUGUAAAUAAGUAAUGAUUUUAUUAUGACUUCAUUCUAGUAAGUAAUUACUUUAUUACGACUUUAUUUUAGUCAGUUAUUACUUUAUCCUCAAAGUCUUACAGAUUUCUCAAUGUGGCCCGAAUACUCCAUCAUCAGAUUGAGAUAAAUUACAGUUUUUCUUUUAUGUUAAACUUUGUCUAGUUACUUAACAACCUAACUUUUGCCUCUGUUCACCUCUUGUCUCCAUUUUCAUAUACGGCCAUUUUGCUUCUAUGUGCAUUCAGUUACAGUACACACUAAAGCAAAACUCAGCGCUCAGUCAGUGAUACAAACACUCUUGUCUCAGAGCUUGAAAUAAUAUGGAAACUUUGCUUCUUGACAUUUUAGAAAGUUCCCUCCGUGACAAAUUUGAUCCCUGUUUUUGAGAUCAGAAUAUCUGUUUUAUUGACAUUAAAGAUUAAUGAACCUUUUUACUUCAUGGUCAAGAUUUAAUGACCGUUCAUGAUUCUCAAUGUGAUGCAUUGAAGCCCAUGGCAUAAACCUGAAUGGGCUGUGUAAUGCGUAACUUAAAAAACAUCCUACAACUGAUCAGAUUGAAAUGCAACGAGUUAGUGACAUUAUUGAGCAUAAUAAGGACAUUCAAGAGAGGGUGAGCGUCUCUAAAAUAAGGAUGCAAGCAGUUUCACCACUUUCCUGACAACAGUGUAAGAAAACACAGAAGUAAAGUGAUACCAAAAUAAUCUCCUUCAGCGUAAAAUUGUAAAGAAAUUCGACAUUUUAUCAUUUACAUUUAGUACAUAAAAUCUAUAAAUAGUCUGGAGAAAUCUUUGUGCAAAAGGGUCAAGAAAAAAAAAUACUGGAUGGCUGUUUAUCAGCAUUCAAAACAGGCGUGACUCUGUGGUGGAAACUGCUGCAUAGGCUCAAAAUCACUUAGAGAAACACAGUCUGUCACUGCACCCGCAAAUGUAGGUUAAAGCUAAAUCAUGCAAAAAAAAAGGAAACUUUAUACUUUAUAAAGAUGUUUCAGAAAUGUUGAUGAAUUCUCUGGAUCUAAGAUUGACCAAGAGGUGGAAAACUGUCUCUUACAAAUCAAUAUUUAACAUUCUUCUUGGAAAUCGUGAUUCCUUUACCAUCGUAUUUUUCACACUAUAAGGCGCACCAUCAAGAAAGCGUCUAUUUUCAUACAUAAAACGCACCCGUUUAUAAGGCGCAAUGGAUUAUAAAGGGCAUUAAGCCAAACAAAACAACCAGAUAAGUCAAAGUUCAUUUAACUCAUUCAAUAACUCUGCGAGGCUACAGUAGCUGCAGUGCUCCGACAAGCCAAAAGGAUUUUAAGUGCACCUUCGAAAAAUACGGUAUUUCCAAUUCAAAGAUAAGGUGUAAAUGUUUUUGCAUACUACCAGACUCUUAUUAAAUCAACGUUUUACACAUUUAUCAUACUUCUUUGGUCGUGGUAGUUUUGGAUUGCUGUGAAAUAGAUACGAGAAAACAAAGCAGGUGAUAGAAAAGUUAAGGUUCUAAACAAACUUUUAAAGUAGUUGACGCUAAAGUUAAUCGUGAGGAACUGUUUUUAGAGCUGCAGAGAGACUUCAGCCACAGUCUGGUGUUAAUGACAUGAUAAAAUACGACUGUCUUCACCCCACUCUGCUGAGACCAUUGAUUAAACCUGCAGACCUUCACCCACUCCCAGUUCAUCACCGAGAACAUAAACUCUUUAUUUAGCCGUGUGUUUCUGGAAAUGUGGGAGUCUUAAUAGUCUACAAUUAAACUUAAAUUAGGCAGAUGGGAUUCAGAAGAUCGUCAUGAUGGUAUCAGACUCAGUAUCUUAAGAAUUUGACUUGUACUUUUGUGGGUUCAUGUGUGGCAUGAGUCUAAGGUCGACCUCAUUCUACCUUCAACCAUUUCCCUUUUGUGAGUUUCUUGGCAGCUACACGGAUGCAGAGUGUCUCUUAAGAAUUAGUCUUCCCCUUAACGUUUGGCUGUGCGUCACAUUUCCUCUCCUAAAUUCGUGUAGGAUGCUUAAAUGUGUUUGUUCGCGGUCACGAACCCCUCUCUCUGUAAGCUCUGGGUGUUAAGGAGUCGGUGCUGUUUGCACAAGAAUUUAAUUUGCCACACCAUUUGCUGGUUCAUGUACCAUGCCUCUGUGGGUCUCUGCGGUGCCUGUGAGCGUGCUGAACUUUUGUGUGUUGGUGGAGGGUGUUCUCAUGGUGUCAUUUCUAUCAAAUUACAAAAACACACAAAAAAAUGUCGGACUCGUUGACUUUUUCCUCGUUCAUCAAAAAAGGCCGUCAGCAGACAGGCGGGAAUCGAAGGUUGCUGACUUUGGACCUUUUCCCUUUUCUCAAUGCGUCUGUCAUGGUUAUGUUAACACUACUUUUUUCAGAUAAAAUCCUCAACUCACACCGAGCACAAACCCUAAAACAACAGAAAAAGAUCACGCUCAACCAGCCGUACAGUCUUUAUCGAUGGUGAAGCCGGUCUCCCUGCGCUGCCCUGUGGUUUGGCCUGAAAACAACACAUCAACCUUUAGAUUAAAAGCCAAAUGUCAGACAGAUCUUUGUGGUUUUAGAGGUUAAUCCCACUGACUUUGGAGACUCGCUGAUGUUUUAUUCUGCAUCACCAGCCUGUUAAUUUUUCACUUAUCCUAUGAAGCAUGGUCGUGUUUUCCGGGCGGUCUGGUCAAAGGGAAACGGCACACAACCACCAAUCACUACCGAGUCUCUCCUACUGUUCUGACCUAGUUCUUCCUGUAGCUCCAGGAUGACGUUUUUGUGUUAUUUAAUGAGUCGUAAAGAAAUCUGGAGCACACACCAUGCCCUGCUGGGAAUUAACUUUACGGCGAUCCUAUAAAUGUGCAUCCAAGGGUCCAAAUUUAGACAUGAACUUGGUUUUAUAAGCAAAUCGCUGCAUGUGUAAAAUGUGAGUCUGCCGGUUCUGCUGUUGCUGUAGGACCAGAACCUUCUGUUUGAUGCUAAUAUCAUGCCUCCUUUAGAGAGAGAGAGGUCAUGUUGUCAGUGCGUUUAACUUCAUCUUUGAAUCCAAGAGAGCCUCUAGUUUUCCUUGUUGAUUCAAGGAAUCAGCUCCUCGGUGUUGAUAUUGGAUGAUUUUCUUUGUAAGAGGAGGAUGAGCUGAUAUACUGUGGAGAGCCUCGGCUGUUUGCGCAUUGAUCAAGGCGGGUCGUGAGAAUAAAAAUCGAUGCAUCAGUGCACUGGAUGAAUCGUUACAUCUAUCACUUAUACAGAUGCAACAGCUGUGGACGUGUUUCAACAAUGGAGUUUGGAAAAUAAUCACAAAUUUCAAGAGGAAUAGGUGAGAGAGGCUUCAAACGCUUCAUGACGUGAAAGUGAGAGCUGAUGUUUUUAGAUCCGACACAUCAUCACGUCAGAGUUUGUGGUAGCUUUUCUUGCUCUGGUGGUGAGCCUGAGUUCCUCUCGGACCCCUGGUGAAAAGUCAAUACUCUCCUCCAGCCCUUCAGCUUGGAUUUGCCUCAAGCAUAAAUGAUGAGCAGAGCACAGCUAACUAAAAUAUAAUACUAGUUUGUGGCCACAGGUGAGAAAAAUACCAUCAUUUUUCUAAUGUUUGGUGCUUCACGCUCCUCCUUGGAGGUUUCUUAAAUGUAAUUUUAACCCUCAAGGUUUCAAGUCGAUACUUCAAAGUACAUCAUGUUUGACAGAUGGGACAGCCUCCACAGCGUGAAUCAUGUUCAGAUCACCUCCAGGGAAACAUCUGUUUAAAGAGCGAAAUACAGAUCUCUAAAGCACGUAAUUCAUGUGACCCGACGAGGAUUAAGACAGAAGAAUGUAAGCUGCUGACACAAGCAGCUAAAUCAGUCUAAACCCUUGUGUCCAAAAUGAUCUCCAGACAGCGACACCUGAAAUCAACCCGGGCAUCUCUCACUCUAUGCAGAUGAGACCGUCUUCUCCAUCACUGUCUGAAUUUGACCUUUAGACCAAAGAGCUUGACUCGACGUCGCACAUGUUUUCACAUCUGCUCAAAGUCGUCAUUAAACCCUUGAAGACUGAAGAGAUAGGAACAGAGCGAGAGAGAGAGAGAGAGAGAGAGAGAGAGAGAGAGUCAUUUAGCUGCUGAUGAUUUCUGUAUUCAUCACACAGAGGGACCAGAGAAAACAGAGCCAGAUGUAGUGAGAGGUCUCUCAGCCUCAUGAGUCCCGUCAGUGGCAGGUAUAUUGAUAUAUCCUCGUGGGUGUACAGGAGAGGAGAUAGCGGCAUAAACAGAGACACCGCUAAGAGAAGAAGCCGAUGAGGGAGUUAUGGUGGUGUAUCUGCCAGCAUGAGGAGCUUAAAACCACACUUUUCUCUCAGAGCUAUCGACGCUCUCAAAUGUGUCUUUAAGCCCUUAAGUUAUCCAACCUGUCAUUUAGGGUUUAAUCCAGGUGAAUGGCUUUACUGUGGUGUCUCUGAAAGAUCCCCCUGUAAUAAUAGGUUUAAAGGUUGCAGAUUAAAAAUAGAGCAACACCUGGGAGCUAGUUCAGUCAUGCAACUCAAGCUGCACUAAUUCUGCAUUUCUCAUAACCACCUGACAAACAUAACCCCUUAAUUAGAGAGUCGAGUCAAGCUGCUGUAUCUCUGGUCUCUGCUUUUUCUUUCCUGCACUCAAACUCUCAGCCCUCCACCUCUCCAGCAAUUCAAGAUAUGCUCUUAUCACUCCUCAAUUUCAGUGUGUCAAGCUCAUUUGUAAGGAGUCGCACAAACACACACACAAUAAUCUGUUCUGAUCAAUACAGUGUGAUCUGACAGACGGAACAUAAAACACUUAACGAAUGUUUGCGGCGAGAGAGAGAAAAGAAAUAACAGGAUGGAAAAAAACAGUUUUUUUUUCUUUAGACUGACAAUUCUUGCUUCAUGGCAUCUGAUCACAAUCUGUGUACUGAUAACUUGUAAUUGCUUCCUACCGUCACUGUCACAACAACCCUUUAUUUUUUUUAUCCCUAUCAACCUCAGGGGUCCACUGGCUUUCAUCAAAUAGCAUUAAAUGCCUGUGGGAGUCAUGGUCAACAGUUAGAGCUCAGUGUAGCCAAAGGUAUGUGAUAAGAAACUUUCUGCCAAGAGCUCCUUCGCUGCAUUCUUCAGGAGACAAUUUGUGAAACCUUGUGUGCUCACAUCGAGUACAAACUUAAAAUGUUUAAAAAUGACGCCAUUGAGUCUCGGUUUCAGUAACUCCGGUUACACUUAAGUUUUAACCUGGCUUACUUUAGUAGUAAGAAACAAACCAACAACAAAAAUAUCUCUAUUUACUUACAUUUGACAAAUGUUUGUUGAGCAAAAUCAAAUUAUGAUUAAAGGUGGGGUUGUCAGGAUCUGAGGAAGUGUCAGUUUUUGGGAGAAAUCUUGAAUGUAAACUCUACCCCUCCCAACCAGUUUUCCCCUCAGUUCCUCCUCAAGCCCCGCCCACAAACAGACGCUCCUGCUCGCUCGUAUCGUUUCACUUAAAUUCAGAUCUAAUGCAGAUAAAUACUUCAGAUAAUCACAAAUGGGGCCCAGUCAAGGUGAAAGUCAAAAGCAUUGGUGCUACUGUAGAUGCCAACAGACUACCAGCAAACACAAUGUUUGCAGGACUUCUACAACGAGGAUAAAGUGACAUAGUCCAGGACCCGAGGGAGGACAGUUUAGCGAUGGCGCUACAACACGCUACAGCAGGUCCGUUUGACAAGAAACACUUCUGUUACAGACACUUGUCUUACUUUGUUAAAGUGGUUUACCUGUCCAGCAGAAAGGUUACAGGGUCUGUAAGAUCCUGAAAUGUUCCCCAUUGUUUAUGUUGAAGUUGAUACGGCUUUUUAGCUCUUGUCCAGGUGGUCUACCUCCUUUUUAAGCGCCCGUUAUUCUGUCACAGUCUCUGGUAUUUACUUCGUUUUCUUGCUUGUGUUUUCUAUACUUUCUGGUUGGUUUCUUCUGUCCGGUUUUGUAGCACGCUAACUUUGUUUGGGCUCGUGAACGCUGUUCGAGGAUGUGGGGCGUGACUCACAACAAGAGGGAGCAACGUCUGCCUCAUAACCAAUCAGGUCGGGGAGGUGGAGAACAGCUUUGUUUACAGUCAGAAUGAGGGGACCACUCAAAAAUUUUAAAAUGUUGACUACACAGAUAUAACAAAACACAGUGAUAUCGUUAUAUUACCAAAUGCCAUCAAUAACUAACAGCUAUUGACUGAUAUUAAAAGCUUUUUUGUAUAAACACCACAAAAAAAAGAUGCUUCUUUAAUGGAUUCCUGCCUACCCCACCUUUAAAGUUUAAGUUAUGUGGUCAUAUGUUUACACUCAUGGAGUACCUCAGGGAUCACUUCUUAGUCCCUUAGCAUUUCUCAUGACAUGUUCGGGUACAGAGCAGUUAACCUGUCUUCAUUUCUGUGCUGAUUACUCCUAAAUUAAAGAUUAUCUCCGUCAACAUCAUUUGUAAAACUGGAGUGAAUUGUUGACACAGCAAUCAAAUUGUGUACUCAGACUGUAGUCUUUGAGACAAGCGUCUGGAUUUCAAAUUAGGGUCUUCACUGCUUGUCUCUGCCUCGUGUCGACCAUUUUCAGUCCUUCCACGUCUCCAAAGAAAGUGCUAUAAAUAAUCUGUAAAACAUAUCGACUGAUAUUUCAAAUUCACUUUGGUGUUAGCACUACUUUCUGUCCGGCUUUUCAACAUUUUGUAAGUCUCAUAUUUUCUUGUAGAGAAAUACUUCACACUGAGUUAUCAGUGCUUGUUUAGUUUGAGUUAUACGUCAAUAACACAUAUCAGGGGAUGUGGCUGCAGCUACAAAACUAAUAGCAAAUUCCACACCUCUAAACUAUUGAACAGAUAACUUUUUUUUAUUUAUCACUACUUUUUUUUUGCCUUUUAUAAAGCUGGGAAAGUUCCUUAUUGCAGACUGAAUUGCUGAAAUAGGACAGGCGAUGCCAACAACAUUUCAGUCCUUCCCUCUCACAAAUCAAAUGAGCUGCUGAGCAAAUCCAACAAAUUGUACCACUAGGCUGCAUCGGUGACUUCAAUGAAGUCUGAAAAAACUGUUUCUGAUUUAACUGAUUGAUUAAAUGAACAUCUUUGCAGAAUUGUCAGCUUGCCCGUAAACUAACAGAUAACUGUUUUUGUCUCACAUAUCAGUUUUCGUAUUUUAUGAGUGUUUUUAUUCGCCUCGAUCCGACUGUGAUUCUAAAAGCACAAAAGUGAUUCAAAUAUGAAACUCAUAGCUCCUGGCAAUCUACCGCUAGUUAUUACUCUAUCAUCUAAAUUACCAAACUGAUAAGUGAUUCAGCUCAUUAAAACAAACAUGUUGCCAGAAUAUGAAAACAAGAAGUACGCAGAUAACGAUUCAUUUAGAGCGCUGAUAUAAAUCCUAAUUAUUUUCACAGCUUUGCUGCGAUGUGACGGUUUUAUAAUCCAAUGUUGUGCAAAGAUCUCUGCCAAAAUUGUUAAUUAACCGCAACAAAAUGCAGCUUUCAGAGGAGAAAAUGCCCAAGGUGAUAGAGAUUGGCAUGAAGCGGGGGAUGUGUUUAAUUUUGCCACGCUGCCUUGAAAUGUGUGUGAGUGUUUGGUUGUGAAUGUGUGCACUGUUGUCUCUUAGCAGCAUAGGUGUAAGGUUACAGGAGAAGAGAGAUAAUCCCCUGCUUACACAGCACUCAUUUUUCUCACUUGUGGGACACACACAUGAAGUCAUUCACAGGCUUCUGCAGAAUGUGAUUAAAUCUCUAGUGUGUGAGUGUGUGCUUAUCUAUGUAUACGUGUGGGGACUAACACUAAAAAGACAACCUUUCUUUAGGGGACAUGUUGACAUUUCGAGUGACAUUUAACUCUCUUGUCCUCUCACAUGGCAGUUUCACUUUUUACAUCAUUCUGGAGACACUGAAUAACUCACAGAAUAAUGUGCUCACAAAGUGUUGAAGACAUGUAUCUGUGUGUGUGUGUGUGUGUGUUUGUGUGCAAAUGCGUGUCUGCACAGUUUUUCGAAACCUGACACACGGUGCAAUAAAGACACCAGAGGGAGAGUUACAUUUCUAUACUCAAGCAGAUUUCCCCCUUACUGUGAGUUUUACGGGGAGUGUAUCAUUUUUUUGUCAUAGUAAAGUCUUCAACAGCUCUAUGUUUAGAAUAGUUUUAGCAUUUACGCCGGUUUUAAUGAAGCUGCGCAUCCAUUUGUGUAGUUUAUCUCCGCUUGGAUGGUAUCAUUAGUUCCUUUUUUCAUAUCACAGUUAUUAGUCUAAUAGCUUACAUUCACGAUGGUGAUUACAUCUGCGUCAGUGCUUGUAAUACAGCUGCGCUGUGUUUUCUCACCUCCAUAAUAGGUCUUUUUCAGUGUCUAAUAAAGAGAGUUAAUGAGCCAAAGAGUUAACCAUCUAUUUCCUGUGAAGAAUUAUCUCCAAGCACAGCAUUUAGACCUAUAGACAUAUACAGUGUAGAUCUUUAACAUAAGAGUAGAUCUGAACAGUUGGUGUUCUGUUUGGUGGUCAGUUUUAUGCUGUUUUCAGUGGUGAUGUGAAGGACACGGUGUUUUAAAAGUUGGGAGCAGCUAAUAACUGAAGAUAAAAUUCACUUCCUGUGUGGUUGACACUUUCCCUCAUCUUGGGACCUCCUCUGCCAUCAGUGACCGUCCCUCUGGUGUACAUCAGUAUUUCUUAUAGCUGACUACAGCAACAACAUUUACUCCUGCCCGCAGAGUUAUUUCUCAGGUGGUCAUCUCUGUGAGAAAUGGAUGUGUUCAGGGAUGUAUGUGAUAGCUGCAGCUUCAAGUCUUUAAGUGGAGUUUACUGCAGGAUUUGCCAUCUGUGCAGAUGCAGCUUUCUCAUAAAACAGACCAAGCCCUUCCAUGCUUUAGUGUUGCUUCAGGCUCUGGGUACGUCAGUCUUAUCCCGCCCCACCAAAAUCUGACUUCACACAUUACCAGAUGUCCUCAGGAGCUACUAAUCUCAUGUCAGCAAUGCUUAUGACGACAGUUUUUACAUGUAAACCAAAGCUACAUGCAAACUGACGGAUGUGCAAACAUCUUUUUGGAGUUUUUGUCUGGUAAAUGCUUCUCCUUCUUCAACUUUUGAUACUUUCAUUCUCCCUUUCACAUGUCGUCACUCUUUGUAUUUUUCAUCUUGCAUGUGGAAUUUAACCAAAUAUUUUCUGUUGCAUCCCUGCAUUAACUUAGACUGGAUUUAACGCUAAUUAAGUGGGAGCUGGCAGGAACAAGUCUUUUAAAAAAAGAAACCGGUAAAACUGUAUAUAAAGAAAAAUGCUCCGUAUAAAUGUGUUUAAAAACCUUAUUUUGGGCAACAAUCAAGACCUCUAUUUAAUCUUUAUUGAGUUGUAAGUAAAUCUCAGCUGACCAGUGCGUGAUUAAGUUAACGUAGUCCAGGAUUUUGGAUAAUUUUUAAGUCUCUGGGAGAUUAAAAGAGAAUAAUUUCUACUAAGGACAGCAAGUAAAGGGGGAAAAAUAGGGGCCCAGAAUAGAUCCCUGUGGAACAUCAGGAGAAUGCAAACAGCUUAAAGUAUUAAAGAAACAUUACAAUUCACACUUGCAGUUUAUUUUAGUAAAUUUUAGGGGUAGAUCAGUCAUUGAUUACCAGGGUUGAUUUACAACAUUUGGCUGAUUUAUUAUAUCAGCCUGAGCUUAUAAAGUUGUCAAUUCAAAAAUGUUGCUUCUUUGGCUCGACUGUCAGUGUGUCUUGCCUUCUGGGUCUCCAUUAAUACCUGGACCACAUUAUUAUUAGAUUGGCUCGAUGUGUAUGCAAGUGUAACAAAAUAACUAUUAACUCCUGUAUGAUGUUUGAAGUUUUAGUUUCGUUUAAACAUUUGCUGAAGGCAUUAAGGAAAUGUUUACACCAAAGUUUGAAUUUUGGCAGGAAGUUGUUUUCAUUUUAAUAUCAGUGCAUGUUGGUUCCAAAUACCGAUAAUUGAUCACAUGAAAUACUAAUAAUGGGCCCUGCAAAACCAAUAUCAAUUGAUCCCCAGUAAAUUUGCAAAUAAGUAGUUGUUAGGCAAGAGAUGUUGCAAGUCUGGAUCUGUUUCUAACUCUAAAUGUUUAAAUAAUAAAUAAGUAACACACUCCGUUUCCAAACUUUGGUGUGUGCAUGUGUGUGUUGUCUACACAUGUCCAACACUGGCUGCACGGGUUGUUGCUUUCCCUAACACCUCUCCUCCUUGUUAGCACACGGUGAUGGAGCAUGUCCUUGAUCUUGUGACAGUGUCUGGUCCAUUAUUGACGUGACACUGUCACAUGUCGUAACAUAUUACAGUUUUGCCCACAUCAUCUGCGCUCUGCCAACAGGAAUGAGUCCAGGCCGUCAGUGCUGAGGUGUGAAAUUUCUUUUCUCUCUCCCUGACAUGCUGUCCGGCUGACAUAGCACCUGUAUCUGGGAAUGAGGGGGUUUAGUUUGCUCACAGUGAUACAUACAGAGUGGUUUAAGUCUGCAGAUAAUUGGUUCAAAUGUGGAAAGCUCUGAGAUCGAAAAAGUCUGUUCUGUAAGACAGUCAGGACAUUUUUUAAUAGGUUUACUACUACUCUCAUUUCAGAUCCUAAACUGCUGAAACCAGUUUUGUAAUUAAGGGUUUAACAUUUACUCUGGCUGAUUAAGAGGGCUGAGUGGUAAACAAGCAGCUCCAUCAGACACAUCUGUAAACACAAAGCAGGGAGCACAUUUGAGAUUUGAGAGAUUAGUUUCAAACGUCUCUCUCGAAAUGCCCCUCGAAAACAGCAGCUCGGUGCAAACUUCAGUGCCCCUGCUCGCUUUUAAAAAGUUGAUUUUUCCAGCAGCUGCUACGCUUAGAAGCUGUACACCCAACAUCUGUUUAUAUGACAUCAAACUUAAGAUAGUACUCAAGAAAAGUUUGGUACGACUCAAUUUCACACCCCAUCUGCCAUUAUCUGAUGAUGACUAAGUGAUCUCUGAGUUUGAGAUAGUCGGCAGCUGGAAAUAAAAAACAUUCAACCAUUCAUUCCCAAAAAAGCCUUUUCCUCUGUGUUGCUGUUAGAUUAGAAACUUAAGAAGCAAGAAUGGAGUUAGGUAUUUUAGGAGUUAGAAGAUUAACUGUAAAAGGAUGUACAAUGAUAACCUGUUAGGAUGCGAAUGCUCUAUCGUAAAAGCCCUGUCUGGAUUAGCUUAAAUAAAUAUUUACUUUGAGGCCAGUGGGACAAAUGUAAGGAAGUUUUAUUGAAUUCUGGGUUUUAACACUUAGAUUUCGACAAGUCUUUUUCCAAGCACUGGGCAGAUUAUUGUGAUUUGCCUGACCUAAAUUUAGUGGGAUAGAAAUCUGCCUAAUCGUGAGGGACUUGAUGCAUCUGCCAGAACAAAUAAGGCAUCAUCUCGCUGAUUCAUCUGGUUUUAAGGCUCAGAAACUAAUUCACAUUAAUGUUAAGUACCAUUUGUAGGAAAGCCAGCAUCAGUAGUUUGAAGAAAUAUCACCAACAGUGGGUGGUAGGCAAAUAAAUCAACAACGUAGGAGAGUUGAAGUCCAUAUCCAAUCCAAGCAUUGUUAGGAUUCUCUGUAUAAUGUCAAUAAAACUGGAUUUUGAUGCUCUCCAAAUAUUGUAAACCCACAUAACUAAAAAUAGUGCAAAGACAUUUCAAAACUAGCUCUGACUUUUCUUGUUUUUGAAAAGUGUAAGCUCAUUUUUAUAAUUGAAAUCAGCAACAAAAAGGUUUUUAAAAAGUUGGAACAGAAAAAGUUGUGCAACCCGGGAUUUCCACCGCAUCCUGAACGGCUGCAAUUUCCACCGUCCGCCAAUUCCUGACGGAUCCACUUGUGAGGUGAAUUUCAUGGCGGGUUACAGACACCGCAAGGACUCAAAAGAAUCCGCGGAUUCACGUGCAAUUGUGCGAUUAUGAGUGUUCAUCCCUGCCCCUUUGCAUGGUGUGAAAGAUGAUCUGCCUGAAACAGGGAGUGUUUUAUUUUGAAAAGAAACAGGAUGUUUUAUUUUGUGUCUGUGCCCGACUUCCUUUCCAGCACGGGUUAAUCUGUGCUGAAUUUAUGCUCCUGUGUCCGGAAAAAAACUAACUCUUGCGAUCAGCUGCAGAGUCCGGCGAUCCGCAGCGAAACGGAAAGAAACUGGUGAAAAUUGACACAUUUACUUGGAUGGUUACAAUCAGCUAUGAUUGGCGGAUACGGCCUUUUUGUAGCCGUUCUGGAUGCAGUGGAAAUUGGGGGUAAUGCUAAAAAAACCUGGAGGAACAUCCUGCAGCUUAUUAGGUUUAUUUAUAACAGACUGAUAAUUUGAGGGGGUAUAAAAAUAUCACUCAGAGUGGGUGAAUCUCUCGGUCUCAGUUGCAAAGUAUGGAGGAGUUUUAGCAAUCUGUGAGAGACUGCGUGAGAAGAGUGUCGAUCAGUUCCAGGAUAAUUGUCGAGAAUUUGGAUCUUUCAUUGUCUAGAGUUCAUGAAAUUAAAGCUUUAGAGAAUCUGGAGAGACCACUAAACAAAACAGAAAAGGCCAAAAACCAAUACUGGAUGGUCAAUACUUCAUUUGGACUUCACUGUAUCAUAAAGAAACAUGAUUCUUUAGUGGAAAUCUCUGCAUCGGCUCAAACUCACUCCCAAAAAUCCAUCAUCUGUAAAUAAAGUUUGUCGCUGUAAGAUGGGACAACAUUGUACUUUAAACCUUGGUUUAAAAAACAGAAAAUUCCGUUUCUUUCAUAGUUUCCUACUGCGUCACAACUCUUUUUUUGUACCAGGGUUGUAUUUCUUGUUCAAGAUGAACAGAAUAUUUGUGUGUCUCUCUCAGAGACAACCUUUGCAGUGACACAGCACCACGUUUUGUCUAAAAAAUGAGCAACCUUGUGGGGAAAUCAACAGAUAGUUGUGACAGUCAACACUUUCCUCAGAGAGGAGCUGGCAGCAGUGGCGCUGAAUGUGUCUGGUCUUGUAAGACCAAGUUUGACACUAACUCAUGAGUAUUAUUGACCUUUCCCAAAACCAAUCUGAACUUUUUUAAUUGCUCUCUCAUCAUGUUUUAGAUGUUUAAGAGUCUUAAUAAGGUGUUGAUGUUGGUUGAAGAGGAGCUGAUCCUCAGCGUUAAAACGCCUCUGUGGCGCGUGAAGCUUCCAGAGAUGAAAAUGUAAUUCAGUUCUGGGGAUAUUGUCGAGAUUUAUCUGUCGAUCUAUCGACUGUGUCCCUGUCAGCUUAGAUAAGGGUUAUAACCAGCUCCUGUUUCCAGCUGAAGUACAUAUUGGCAACCUCACUGUUUCUGAGACUCUGAGCCAUUUUUAUCAAAUCAGCUGUGCUGCGGCGUAACACCCAGGAGCGAGCGCCGCUGCUCAGACUGUUUCAUAAUCCAGGUUUUUCAGGUUGGACUUGCAGGAGAGGAAAACAUGGUAACAAGAAAGAACAGCGGGGAUUUGGGGGGGUGGGGUUGGGGGGCAGGUUUGAUUGAAGUAGAGCUGGUGUUGAAUUUGCUGCAUCGCCCACAGUGUCUCCCUUGGAGGCCGCCAUGAUUGAAGAAAGAGAAGAAGAAAAAGGCAGGAGGAGAAAUCCCCACAGCGUGAGGCUCCACAGCGAGAGACCUCUGCCUGUGACUUUGUUUCUUGAAGACCAGCUUUGUUUCCUUAAAUGAGGGGGGGCUUUGUUGAUUUGUUUUAGGGUAUGGCUCAGCACCGUUUUUCCAGUUACAUCUCAAACUGUUCCUGUGAUUACCGGUAGAUUCAAAAGUCAUGAUGUCUUUAUUUCAUCGUACUUCAAGGGCUGUUUUCAAACUGGUGUCUAAACCUGGUUUUAACUACAGUCCUACCUUUGCUCUAGGAGUCAUUUACCAACCUUUGAACAAAAACAGACAGACAGAAAAAAAAGCAACAUCAGAUUUGUGGAAAUAGAAGUAUUCAGACCAUCGGAUUGAUCAUUAGAGUCUUGGUCCAUCGACGGCACCCUUGACUUAUCCAUGUGCUCGUGUCUCUUUUAGUAUUUUCAUAGUUCAAUCCUGGAAAAGCAACUUCCGUAGCAACCUCACUUCACCUUCAACAACCAAUCAGAGUCAAAAAGGGGAGGGACUUCCUAAUUUGACUUUGUGAACAAUUGUGGUAGAACUCUGAAGCGAGCAUCCAAACUUCAUAAUUCUAGGAUACGACAGUAUGUUUCAUAUCUGGGUAACUAAGUACUGUAAAGUUUACAUUGGGGGAACCCACUGAGCAUUUUUUGGUCUAAAAGAGGUCUAAUAGAGGUCUAAAUGUAGCCUAGACUACUGGUCUAAAAUCAGGCUACCACAGGUCUAAAAAUGAAAGUUUUUUAGACGUCUAAAUUUAGACCAAGAUUAGACUAGCCGGCUAACAGAGGUCUAACUGUAUAUUGUUCAACGGCUCCCAUAAUUAUUUUGGUUAAGUACUUGGAGAUCAGUUAUCCAACUCACAGUUACUUUUUAAAUAAAUAAUUAUCAAAUAAUGGAUUAAAGUGCAACGUCUGAAUUCCGUCUAAAAAUAUACAGAAUCUAGAUGGUUAAAAUUAGGUUAAAAAAAAAACUAGAUGUCUAAUAGUUAUCUAUUGCUCAGUGGGAACUGCCAGCACUAAAACAGAAAAGCUGUCAGUGGACACAGGCCCUUAGUUAUGAUCUUAACUAAUAAGGUUACAUCUACAGGAAGGAGCCCGAGCUUUGUUAAAGUGUCUGUUUAUUAGUUUGAUUAAAGCCAUAGUUAUAAAUAGAUCUCAUCCUCUGAUAGGUUUUUCCUUAUAACCAUAUUUUUGUCUUGUGCAGUCAUUGUGGUUUGAGCUUAUUAAAUGCUAAAAGUAUUUAAUAAACUCAGUCAUGAGGCAAUAUAGGAAAUUAUUGAACACGAGGAGCCUCUGGAAGGACCUAAAGAUUUGCAAACUUGUCAAACUGUCUCUGUAUUUUUGUGUUUUAGUUUAAAAAUAGCGGAGAGGCUGAGAUAACUCAUUCUUUGAUAACAAGCCAUAUGACCACCCAGAGUUAGAGGAGUCUUUAACGAGUAGAGGGGCUUUGGGAUUUGGAGAUAAUUUGUAGUUUCCAAGAGAGAAAACACACACAUGCAAGAGUGUGAACAGCCAGUGGCCACAGCCAAAGUUUUAUCAGUUUGACCCAUAUAUUUGUGAGAGAUUUAAAAAUAAGCUCCACUCGGAGGAUAUUUUUGUGCUCUUGGUUAUACUGUUGCUAUGUUGUCAGUGGGAUUAGGUGAAAGCUACUGAGGAAGUGAAGCAUAAGCCAAAGAAGCUACAACAGCAAUGCACAGCUGAGAUGAUUACGCAGCAGCAGACAAAACCAUAUUUCAGCAUAAUUCAGGAGCGCGUUGGGAGAGUAUCCAGGAGCAUGAAGUGGUUGAUUUUUGCAGAUCUGCAUAUCGUCGAGGGCUGGAGUAUUUGCAGAGCAGAUGUCUUCACAGUCUGAGUGCCCUCCUUGUAGAUAAAUAAACCAGUAACUACAGUCUGUAUCCGUGCAGACAGACUUCUAAAAUUGAUCUAGACUCCACCUACAGUCAUUUUCUACUUUACCUACCGACACUGAGUGAGCAGAUGAAAAGGACAGAUGAUGAAGCCUCCGCUUUCUUGGGUUGAGUUAACAGUAUUACUGUUGGAUCCCGUACAAUUGGAUUAUUUGGAGCUGGUUUCUAUUAGAUGCUGUGAUUUUAAGCAGUCCCACUUUGGCGUUUAGUUUUUGCAGGCACAUAGAUAUAAAGAGGUAUAAAAUCUAAUGAUGCACAGGCCAGAAAAAGACAUGCCGGGAAAAAAAAAAGAUAUAAAAUAAUGUAGAAAAAAUCCAAUAAUUUAGAACCUAAAAGAACAAGGGUUUGGUUUAUAGCAAAGGCUAAAUCACUUGGAAAAGUAAGUUAACGAAAACACUCUUGCAUUAAACGUAUCAAAGUUUUAGAUUUGAGACGAGGUAAGUGUAUUAAUUAAGCAUUAUUCUAAGUGUUUCAUAAAAAUGAAUAUUCAAAAACAUUAAAACUGACAAGUAAAAAUGUAAAAAAAAAAAAGGUGAUAUUUUUGGUAAACAGACUGAAUAGUGCUGGUCUGAUAGAUUUGGAGCAAAAAUCGGAGGGUCCAUAUUUCCAAAAAUACUGUCAGACUUUAUGACAGUUUUCCACUUUAUUUCAGUCUUUCUUAAACAGAUACAAUGACGUUUUUGAAUACACUAACAUAGUAUGUGCACGGACAACAGAUUUGGGAUUUUGAACCCAUGCAGUGAUUUUCACUACAGAGUCAUGUCUGUUUUUAAUGCGGUGCUGCUUGUGGACCUGAAUAUCUAAGCCACCCAGUAUUAGUGAUUUCUCCUGACGCUCUGGAUCUUUUAAUGAUGUUAUAUAGAGAAGAUAAUGAAUUUUUUGCAGUUUUAAGAUCUCUUAAAUGCUCUCUAAAACCCAAUUAUGGUCCCAAAUUGAUCGUCAGUUUUUAAUUCUUACCUGUGUAAUUAUUUCACACCUGUCCAAUGCUCCUGUCUCAGGUUCGCAGUGGGAGUUCGGUGGUGACUCGGCGCCGAGAGCAGCGGGUGUUGCUGAUGGUCGUCACCAUGGUGGUGUGCUACCUGCUCUGCUGGCUUCCUUACGGCGUGGUGGCCUUGCUCGCAACCUUUGGCCCCCGUGACUAUUUGACCCCAGAGGCGACCAUUACGCCGUCUCUUCUGGCCAAGUUUUCCACUGUCAUCAACCCCUUUAUCUACAUUUUCAUGAACAAACAGGUGAGCGUGUUCUUUGUCAGUGACUUGUAGACGCUCUGUACGAAAUACAUCCUGAUCUGUUCACUGUUUCUUCUCUCAGCGAUGCAGCUGGAUAUUUCAGACAUGUUUGAUUUUUUCCUGUGGAUCUAAAACUACUGACAUUACUUAUGUGUGUAGGAGGAAUAAAACUAGAAUCGCUGUUCAAACAUGAUGACUAAACCCCUCGAACAGGAGAACUGUGAGUGUGCAGAUUUCAGCAAAGGUCUAUCAGACGGUUCUGAGGACUCUGACUAUACAAUAGAAGACUACUGUAUACUAUAUUUAUUUAUUGCUCUAUAUAUAUUUGAAAAAAAAUCUCAUUUGAAGCUUUGAACUAUCCAGAAGAUUCUGUCUUAGAAAUGUUCACCAGGCAGGUGUCUUGACUAGUCAUGUUUUAACAGAUUUUAGUGUAAGCAGAGAGAAAAGUUUGUCCUGUAAACAACCCACUGAGCAUUUUUGGUGUAAAAGAAGUCUGAUAGACAUCUAAAUGUAGCCUAGAUGACUGGUCUAAAAUCAGGCAACUACACGUCUUGAAAUGAAAGACUUUUAGACGUCUGAAUUUAGACCAAGUUUAGACUAAAUCUAAAUCUGGGCUAUAUCUAUACUACACUGUAUAUUGCUGAACAGCUAUCACAUUUUUUUUAUUUUUUAUUAAUAGUUAUCAAAUAAUGGGUUAAAGUGCAACGUCUAAAUUCCAUCUAGAAAUGUACAGAAUCUAGACGGUUGAAGUUAGGUCUAAAAAAAAGAAAUUGACGUCUAAUAGCCGUCUACUGCUCAGUGGGGAAUGUCGACAGAAACUAGUAAAAUGUACUGACAUCCUGACUCCUAUCACAUAUUGCAGAGCACCUGACAGUUAUUGAUUUACUUCAUAAACGAAUAUCUGAACCACAGUGCAGCUCACUAUUCGAUUAAGAUCCAAAAUUUCAAUUUGGGUGACCUGGUCUUGAAUCCAGUCAGUGUUUGGCUUUCUUAUCAGAGAGUUUUGUUAUUUUUUUUAAAUUUAUUUUGGUUGGUUUGAAGUUGAUCUUGCUGCAGAUGCUACACAAAAUUCGUUUAGUAACAGGUGAUGCCAUGUUGGAUGUCUGGGUGCAGAACUCGCCAUCCCUUUUAAUUGAUUUCUUCUUCUAAACAGUAGACCCCAUAAAGCUUGAAUUUGUACUUUUUAUGAGUUUACAUCAUGAAACUGCAAAUGAAACAAAGUUAAAACCCAUCAGUUGGAAGUCUGGGCCUGAGAGAAGCAGAUAUGUCCAGCACAUAUGGCAGAACUAUGACAACUUGAAUGUAUAACCUCCUAUUUACAGUGUAACUGAGACUCACCGGAAACAGAAACUGACCUGACCUCCUCCAAAGGAUGCAAUAAAUAAAGAAAUUACACUUUUGAUCCAAACACAAAAAAAAAUCUGUCUCAGAAAUCAAAGUGAAGACGACGGGUCCUGAUCUGUCGUACUCUGUAUUUACUCAGUUGUUCAGAGUGAUCUUCUCCUCUGAACCAGGACUGAAAAACAUCUUCAAAUGUUGGUGGAAAUAGUUUUUAUGUGUGGGCUGUAGAGUUGACAGGUUCGGGUCCAGUCUCUUGUUAGGGAAAAAAACUCAGUUUGUUGCAUUUCCAGCCUGGAGAACAUUUCAUUGAGCCAUUUUUUGUCUUUAGGCACAUUUAUUUUUAGAAAGCAGCCUCUCAUCUUCAGUCGGCACUGACCUUUUCUUUAUCCAGUUGGAAUGAAAGCUACAAGCGGCAGAGUCUGAAUCAAUAUCGGCUUUUUUUUUGCCAAGUAGGUUUUCACAUAAGAGGAAACAGCUUCGGUGUUUGUUGUGUAAUGGUCACAACAAACAUGGUGAGAGACUGAGGGAAAAGGACCUGCAAAAGUCAAGCAUCUAUCCUGCAAAACAAACAAAAAUUUAUUUAAACAAAAGCAGAAAAAAAAAAACUGUUGGUAGAAAUUAAAGAUCCCUGCAGGCUUUUAAUCAAAUAGAGUCUGAAAUGUGCAAAAACACUAUCGUACAAUGAUAAAUCAGCUGUUUAUUAAUGUUAAUUCAAUAAGCGACGUACCUGGAGGCCAUUCUGAGAGUAAAGUGUUGGUAAUGAAUGUGAAUCCUGCAGGCUAAUGUCUGGAUUUUGCAAAAACUAUUUGUCAGAAAAGGUAACAAAUAGUUUCAUCACUGUUCAGGUGUUUGCGGUUCAACAAAUUCAACAUUUUUAAUCAAAAAGCUGUUCAGUUUAUGCUCCAAAGUCAAUCAUUUGGUCUGUUUAGGUUUCAGUUUGUCUUAUUUGUAUUGUUCAACCAUUUUUUUAAGGAUAAUCUUAAUUUAAAACCCUGUAUUUUGCAGAGGAUAGGAGUCGAGGAUAACACACACCAAAUCUGUGGCCUCUCCACUGAAACAGCUGAACGUCUCUCAGCUCAGAUCAAUGUAAGAGAACAUUUGGGAGCAUGAGGGAGUCAUAGCUCCUGCUGAGAUGGGAGGUGGAUUGACCGUUGUGUCUUGAGAUUCACACCCACAGGGUAUCAUUUAGGUGAAACUAGACCUUGGAGUUCAUCCGCUGGCUUCUGAUUUACACCUUCAGUUUCCUACAUGCAGCUAAAAGCACAUGCAAACAUAUGUAGGCUUUCACAUACAUGCACAGAUAAAAGACUGAAGUGCUACAUCCUUAACAGCUUAAACAGCACAACACCUGCCCCCUCACUCUUUGUGUAAACAAAGUGUGAUGUGCAGAAUAAUCAGAGAAGACUUUGCUCCUCUCGUGACUGAUUGGUGUUUCUCUGGUUUCACCUCUUUAUCUACCCGUCAGCCGUUUCAGCUCAUUCCUGCACUCACGCAGAAACUGCCAUGUGGUGGAUUCUGGCACAAAACAAACUGAUUCCACUGACUGAAAUAUCAAGCAGAUGCACUUUCAGAGUAAUUACACUCUUAUCAAAUGACUACAAUCUGGUGGAGGUGGGACCAGUGUACAGGAAGUUAUACAGCAAAAUCCCAGAGCAUGAAAACUGUAGGGUGUGCUAGCGAGUCUUUUUUUUUUUUCAUGUAUUUUGGGCCAUGGCAAAAUAUGUGAAUUUUAGCUUGGCCAGACCUGCCUGCCAAAUUUCACAAGUUUUUGAGCCAGUCUAGGGGGUUUUUAAGUUGAAAAACUUUCAAUAAUAAUAAUAAUAAUAAUAAUGAUAACUUCAAUAGGGCUCUUGCUUGCUGCUUGCUGCUUGCAGUGUUGGCUUGGGCCCUAAGAAUGUCAAAAUCUUAGUAUAAGGGUAACGUGAAGGGUUUGGGUUUUUUUUUAAGUAUUUUAAAAAUUUCAAAUUUUAGUGUGAAUAAUAAUUUCAUAUUUUAGUUUGGAAAAAAAAUACUGUAGUAUAGUCUGAUAUGAUAUAAGGUUCCACUUUGACAUGGAUGGUACUGUGGUGUAAUGGUAAGCACUGUUGCCUCACAACCAGAAGGAACUGGGUUUGAAUCUCACCCAGAAUCUAUUGUGUUGUGUUUAAAAUUUAGUAUGAAAAAAAACAAAGAUAGUAUAGUAUGAUAAAAAAUGUCAUUGUAUAGUAUGACAAAAAUGUCAUAUUUUGAUGUGAAAUGUGAAAUCUGAAUUUUUUUUCACCCUCAAAUCUGAAAUUUUGGUCAUAGUAUACUAUGAUGUUUUUUUCGGACUAAAAAAUAUAUAUAUAUAUUUUUUAAUGCUAAAAUAUGACAUUUUUAACACCCUAUACUAUGGCAUUUUGAUCAGACCAUACUAUGGCAUGUUUUUUUAUCCUAAAAUCAGAAUUUUUUUUUCACCCUAAAAUCUGAAAUUUUGCUCAUAGUAUACUAUGAUGUUUUUUCGUACUAAAGUAUAAGUUUUAUUUUUUGCACGAAAAUAAGGCCUUUUUCAAACAUCCUAUUCUAUGGCAUUUUGAUCAGACAAUACUAUGGCAUGUUAUUUCACCCUAAAAUCCCCCCAAAAAAUUUCACCCAAAAAUCUGAAAUUUUGGUCAUAGUAUACUAUGAUGUUUUUUUUUCAGGCCUAAAAAAAUAUAUAUAUAUUUUUUUUAAUGUAAGAAAAGUUCACAGUUUAAUGUUUUUCAAUGUCAUAGUAUAGUGUGGUAUAAUAUAAGCUUCACCAGUGACAGGAUGGUACUAUGGUGUAAUGGUUAGCAAGUAUGAAAAAAAUACCACAGUAUAGUAUGAUAAAUGUCAUUGUAUAGUAUGACUAAAAUGUCAUAUUUAAGUGUGAAAAAAGGCGUAGUAUAGUAUGAUAGAAAUAUUAUAGUAUGUUUGAAACUUCAUAUUUAAAUGUGAAAUAAAGAUUAUAUUUUAGGAUGAAACAAAUGUCUUUUGAUAAAAAUUUCAUAGUAUAGUAUGAAAAAAAUGUCAUAUUUUGAUGUGAAAUGUGAAAUCUAAUUUUUUUUCUUUUUUUUUUUUUUUUUACCCUCAAAUCUGAAAUUUUGGUCAUAGUAUACUAUGAUGUUUUUUUUUUCGGCCUAUAAUAUAUAUAUUUUUUUCUGCUCAAAUGUGACAUUUUUAACAUCCUAUACUAUGGCAUUUUGAUCAGACAAUACUAUGGCAUGUUAUUUCAUCCUAAAAUCCCCCCCAAAAAUUUCACCCUAAAAUCUGAAAUUUUGGUCAUAGUAUACUAUGAUGUUUUUUAUCGGACUAAAAUAUGAUAUAUUUUUUUAAUGCUAAAAUAUGACAUUUUUAACACCCUAUACUAUGGCAUUUAAAUCAGACCAUACUUUGGCAUGUUAUUUCAUCCCAAAAUCCCCCAAAAAAUGUUCAUCCUAAAAUCUGAAAUUUUGGUCAUAGUAUACUAUGAUGUUUUUUAUUGGACUAAAAUAUGAUAUAUUUUUUUUUUAUGCUAAAAUAUGACAUUUUUAACAUCCUAUACUAUGGCAUUUUGAUCAGUCCAUACUAUGGCAUGUUAUUACAUCCUAAAAUCAGAAAUUUUUUUUCACCCUAAAAUUUGAAAUUUUGGUCAUAGUAUACUAUGAUGGGUUUUUUUUUCGGCCUAUAAUAUAUAUAUUUUUUUCUGCUCAAAUGUGACAUUUUUAACAUCCUAUACCAAGGCAUUUUGAUCAGACAAUACUAUGGCAUGUUAUUUCAUCCUAAAAUCCAAAAAAAAAAUUUCAUCCUAAAAUCUGAAAUUUUGGUCAUAGUAUACUAUGAUGUUUUUUAUCGGACUAAAAUAUGAUAUAUUUUUUUAAUGCUAAAAUAUGACAUUUUUAACACCCUAUACUAUGGCAUUUAAAUCAGACCAUACUUUGGCAUGUUAUUUCAUCCCAAAAUCCCCCAAAAAAUGUUCAUCCUAAAAUCUGAAAUUUUGGUCAUAGUAUACUAUGAUGUUUUUUAUUGGACUAAAAUAUGAUAUAUUUUUUUUUUAUGCUAAAAUAUGACAUUUUUAACAUCCUAUACUAUGGCAUUUUGAUCAGUCCAUACUAUGGCAUGUUAUUACAUCCUAAAAUCAGAAAUUUUUUUUCACCCUAAAAUUUGAAAUUUUGGUCAUAGUAUACUAUGAUGGGUUUUUUUUUCGGCCUAAAAUAUACAUAUUUUUUUCUGCUCAAAUAUGACCUUUUUAAACAUCCUAUACUAUGGCAUUUUGAUCAGACAAUACUAUGGCAUGCUAUUUCAUCCUAAAAUCCAAAAAAAAAAAUUCAUCCUAAAAUCUGAAAUUUUGGUCAUAGUAUACUAUGAUGUUUUUUAUCGGACUAAAAUAUGAUUAUUAUUUUUUUUAAUGCUAAAAUAUGACAUUUUUAACACCCUAUACUAUGGCAUUUUGAUCAGACCAUACUAUGGCAUGUUUUUUUAUCCUAAAAUCUGAAAUUUUUUUUCACCCUAAAAUUUGAAAUUUUGGUCAUAGUAUACUAUGUCGUUUUUUUUCAUACUAAAGUAUAAGUUUUAUUUUUUUGCGCGAAAAUAAGGCCUUUUUAAACAUCCUAUACUAUGGCAUUUUGAUCAGACAAUACAAUGGCAUGUUAUUUCAUCCUAAAAUCCCCCCAAAAAAUAUCACCCAAAAAUCUGAAAUUUUGGUCAUAGUAUACUAUGAUGUUUUUUUUUUUUUUCGGCCUAUAAAUGAUUUUUUUUUAAAUAAAAAAAAAUGUUUACAUUUUAAUGUUUUUCAAUGUCAUAGUAUAGUGUGGUAUAAUAUAAGCUUCACCAGUGACAGGAUGGUACUAUGGUGUAAUGGUUAGCACCGCUGCCUCACAACCCAAAGGUACAGGGUUCGAAUCCUGGUCAGGGAUAGUCUGAUAGAGGUGAAGUGUGCAAACACAGUAUACUAGUCCAAAACAAGUGUCGGGGUCCAGUUUGAUGAAAUAUACAACUGAAGUAUGAAAAAGAAUAGUAUGAUAAAUGUCAUUGUAUCUAGUAUAAAUAAAAUUUCAUAUUUAAGUGUGAAAAAAGGCAUAGUAUAGUAUGAUAAAAAUGUCAUAGUAUUGUAUGACAAAAAUUUCAUAUUUUGGAGUAAAAUAAAGAUUCAUUUUUUAGCAUGAAGAGAAGUCAUAGAAGUCAAUUUGAUCGUAUAGCAUAUUAAAUAUUUCAUUUUUCAGUGUGAAAUAAAAUUUCUUUUUUAGUUUAAAAAAAAGUUCAGGGUAGCUUUUUAAAAAUGUCAUAUUGUAUUUAGAAAAUAAAAUUUCAUAUUUUAGUAUGAAAAAAGUCAUAGUAUAGUAUGAUAAAAAUGUCAUCGUACAGUAUAUUAAAAGUUUCAAAUUUUAGCGUGAAAUAAAAUUUAAAUUUUAAGUUUGAAAAAAAAUCAUAAUAUAGUAUGAUAAAAUGUCAUUGUGAAGAAUGAUAAAAAUGUCAUAUUCUAGUGUAAAAAUUAUUUUCAUAUUUUAAUUUGAAAAAAGUCAUAGUAUAGUAUGAUAAAAAUGUCACACUGUAGUAGGUUAAAAAAAUUCAUAUGUAAGCGUGAAAAAAAAAAUAUUUUAGUAUGAAAAAAAUGUCAUAGUAUAGUAUGAUAACAUUCAAAUUAUAGUGUGAAACAAAUCGUAUUUUAGAAUGAAAAGAAUCAUGUUUUACUGUGAAAAAAAAGUUAUAGUAUAGUAUAAGAACAAAAAAGUCAUAGUAAUGUAUGAUAAAAAUGUUAUAGUAGCUAUAGCCUGAUAAAACUAUCAUAAUAUUGUAUGUUUAAAUAUCAGUAUAGUUUAAUGAAAAUAUCACACUUUAGCAUGAUAAACAUGUCAUAUUAUAGUUUGAAAAAGGUUAGAAGAAAAGGAAGGAAGAAAGAGUUGAUAGAAGGAAGAAAGGAAGAAGGAGUAAAGGGAGGACAGAAGCAAGGAAGAAAGAUAGCAAGAAAGGAAUUAUGCCACAGGGCAAGGAAGGACAAAUAGUGAAAGAGAAAAAUAAAGAGGGAGUGACAGGAAGAAAACCUGGUAUCAACAAGCAGCUAAAAGAAGAGAGGAACGAUGGAUUGAAAGGAGAAAAGAGAAAGAAACUGGGGAUGAAAAGAAGGAAGUGGAAAUGUCAUUAAUAAAAAAGAUGAAAGAUGGGUGGGCAAUUAAAAGCUGAUUUGAAAAGGAAGAAAAAAAAAGGCAGUCUGAAUGUGAGUGAUGGUUCUGAGGACAGACAUUAAGAUGAGAGACAGGAGGAGAUAAGUGAAAAGGUGAGGAUGAAAGAGAGAAGGUGACAGGUGGGAUGUCUGUUUGAGGAGCGCUCCUUUAAUCUGGGAAAGGGAAAUUUGAUUGUGAUUAGUAUGUGAUGUUACUAUCAGGGAGCUACAGGGAGACGUUGACCUUUCCUUCUUCUGUCACACCCUUUUUAUCUGUCGCCGCCUUUUUUUUAAAUCAGCUUCUCCCUCAGCUCUGUCUGCCAGGUGUUUCUCCUGCUGGUCUUUUUGUGCUCAGGAGACAUUUCACACUCUUCGACGGCUGAUUCUGUCACAUGGCGAAGUCAUUUACCACUCGCAGAACUUUUCAGGGCUGCAGACGGACGUUCAGGAGGUCGCGCUGCGUGGCGCUUUCAGUCUUCAGUUCCUCCCAGCCCAUACCUAUGGCAGCAGUGUGUUGAGGCGAGUUGAAGACUUAAAGCGCUGCACAGAUUCAUGCCACAGACCUGAGCUUUUGUUGUGGGAACUACACCUUUGCAGUUGAAGCAAAAUGUGCUAGUGCUGAUUUUUUUUUUCAAACUGUAUACUCCCCGGAGCCUGAGGCGGGUGAGAAAGCUUGUGGUUUCUUCCUCUGAUCAAGAACACACUCUCUUUGAAAGACUUUCCUUGGACAAGAAGAAGCAGUGAACUAUCAAAACCAAAACCUCGCACCACAGACUUCCUCCCCUGGCCAUUUGAAACGGGUCUGGAGCUUUCCACUGAACACCUAACACAAAGUCUACAUGCAUGAUGUAAUUCCACAGUAAGACUGAUUAUUCACAGCCGUUUAAAUGUCUCCUUUACUACAACCCUUUUCCCAAGGCCCCCUCCGUGUUAAGACCCUUAACAACUGAGAAAUAUGGCAUGCAUACCACUUGAGGGUAAAUUGUUCUCAAUGAGAGGUAAUGUAGUUGUGCAUAGCGUAGCAAAGGGAAGAAGUGGACCAAUUAAUCCUACCACAGAGCGACCUCUUCAUCAGACUUCAGGCCUUCCAACUCUCUGGAGUGUCUCUAUUAUAGGAGGUCCUCUCAUCCUGUUAAAGCACGACACACAAAUCCUCUUCUUGUUUCUUCUUCUAGCUCUCCCGGCACAAUAGGACACCGCAGGUCAGAGACACGGCCAGGCUCUGUACCAUUUCUCCACAAUUAGCUGAGUGCAGCUCAAAAAGUGAGGAUGUCCUGAAAAAUUCCUCACAUCCAACAAGUGAAACUUGAGAGCACGAGGAAGUUGUAGCCCCCUGUUAAGACUAAUGGUGGACUUAUGUAUCUUCAACAUGUUCUGCAACUGUGAGACAAACUAUCAGGCAGCAACAGAGGAGCAGGAGGAGGCAGGUGUGAGUAUCUGUAGGUAUCUGAAAAGCCAAGGGACAGAGAGAGAGAGAGAGAAAGAGGGAGAGGCAAUUGUGAUUAUCAAGCAGCCCUGCUAUUACUUUUUCAUGUUUGGGACUAAAUAUAAGAGGUAUCACUUUGUCCACAGGGGGCGCCAAAACCAAAACAAACAAAAAGUCCCUUACAGCAGUUUUAAUGUACUGUGUAAACACUAUUAAAUGAUGAUAAUAAACCUCACUUUAUUCCUGCUUUGCAAAGAAAUUGAGCCAAAAUAACGCCAUGAUGGCUGCUGCUGUCUUUAAACUGGCUGAUGGAGCCGCACUCUCGGAUUAACUAAAACACACAUUUAACUUACUGAUGUAAUUCAUGACAGAACAGGUUUUAGCAUUAAUUAAAAGUAAACCCUAACAACUGGAGAAAGUUUAAUGACCUGUUGGUGAUGUUCUCUUUCCAGCACUCCUCCUCUUACUUCUCUGGUAAUGCGGUGAAUAACACUACGGACCUGUCAGCGAUGGUGUCACGUCCCCUCUGCACAGCAUCAAAUAACAAAAGAAGCAACGGUAACACUUUACAAUAACCAUAAUUAAUAAAAGGUAAAUAGAUAGUUUAUCAAUGUUUAAUUAUAAUUUAAAAACAGCAUAUAGACCAAUUAUAAAUGGCAAAUAGAUAGUUUAUUAAUAUAAGUUAAUAUUUACUUUACCAUUAACAAGCAAUGAAAUUAUGGUUAAUAGUUUUCAUUAAUUAUUAAUCAGCUAUUUAGUAAAGGUUUACAUAGGGUUUAAAUAUGGGUGGUAAAACAUCUUGAUUUAAAUGUGUGUCAGUAGCACUUUUUUAAAUUGUUAGUAUUUGGUUUUUAAAUCACCUAUAAACAUCACUGAGAUGUUAUCAUAAGGUCAGGGUUAGGUUUUUAAAAUUGUAAAAUUUACAAUUUAUUAUGGUGCUUUAUUAAUGCUUUUUAUAAAUGAUGAUUAAGCAUGAAUAAACUAUCUGCUUGCCAUUUUUAAAUGGUCUAUAUACCAUUUUUAGGUUAUGGUUAUUGUAAAGUGUUACUGAAGCAACUUUACACAUAAACAUAAGAGUUGGUGGUGAGACAAGACUUUUCACUUUGUCCACAGGGGGCACCAAAAUCAACACAAACCAAAAGUUCCUCACAGAAGCUUUAAAACAGAUAAGGUGGACUUCUUUCACCCAAAUAGUUAGUAUUUGCUUUGUCUUUGCACAGAUAUUUUAAACUGGAUUAAUCUUCUUGUUAUUUGAUCACUGUGAAUGUAACUGAUCUGUAAGUAGAAGCCCUGCACUCAUCAUGACAUUUCUCGAUUAUUGUUGUGAGUGAUUUUGUUCUGCUGUGCACAUCGUGGUAUUUUUUUAGACGCCGCGCUGACGGGGGGGUGUUGACAUGCAGCGCCGCUCUGACAGGAACACAGAUCAUUGUGUGUGUGCGCGCGUGUGUGUGUGUGUGUGUGUGUUUUAAACCCCUUCCCUCUGCUUCUUUAAUUAUUUUGAAGGAGGGACAUGUAGCAGAGAGCAGCAGCGUGACAGGAGAGCUUUGUUUACAGUGGAGGAAGACGAAGAAGAGGCAGCAAUGUGUGAACAUCUGACAGCGUUUUUUACACCCCGUCUUUUCUGAUUUUCUCUACAGCCUCUUCAGGAGAUUUUCUGUACUUACAUUUUGAUAUAAAAUCUUUGAUUUGAGUUCAUCUUUAUGGCACAGGAUACUCAGAAAACAAAGUGCAGUUCACCUCCAACUAUAAGUGCAAGAAUAAGGUACAUAUAAUGUUAUGUAAUAAACAGUAGGGGGUGAAUAUAAAUGUGCAGCUGUAGGACUUUGUAGUGAGUCAGCAGUCAGAGCAGGUGACUCAGGUAUAAAUCUAAAACAUUUCGGACAGGUAGAGGUUAUAAAUGUCCAUAAAAGCAGCUGAUUCUGACCAGCAGGGAUGCUAAAGAAGGUUUACUGCAAACAAUCAUUGCACGCAAUCGCUUUAUCAAAAAUUAUGCAUACACACACAGAGACACGCACACACCGGUUUGGAGUGGCGGUUGAGGAUUUGGUCACUCCUCACCCCUAAGAUCCAAGUCCGUGUCUGAUUUGAGCUGUAAUCCAACAUGACGUCAGUUUGUCCUCCUGCUCCUCCACCUCUUUCCCCUUCAUACUCCAACACUCAACACAUCCGCCCUCUCCAUCCCUUGAGGUUUGACUUUUUUUAACCAUCACCCCCCUACAGCAUGUGCACAUCUCUCUGGUGCAUGAAUACAUUAGGAUUUGAGCAGAUUUCAAAUGAAGCUGACUUAUGUGGCAGCAUCAUAUCCACGGGGAGAGGAACACAGAAUUAAUUGGGUCAUAUAUGAUUAAUUGUCAUCCGAGUGCUCGAGUUUCUCACUCCAAAAAGUACAAGAAACUGUUUGGUAUGCGGCGCCCUGGGGAAAUGUAGUAGACUUAACGUAUACGUGUGGAAGCAGAGAGUAUACUAAGUACACUACGUUUAUCCAGGGGGGCCUGCUGCCUGCUGGACUGGAAGCAAGCAUGAAGGAGAGGAAAGGACGACUGAGCUGCAGCUAAAUGAUGGUGACCUGUUUGUGCAUGUGUCCUCAUACUCCGGAGAGUGACUGAUAUGUUAAGUCGUUAAAUGUUGCCCCAUUUUUACCGGAUACAGGAUUUAAACCACUCGGCGAUUCAGGAUCGUCUUAUUUGUGUUUUUUUGUUCCACAGGUGACUGAGACAUUUCUGAAUCACGUAAAUGAAAGUUGAUCUGUUUGUAUCAGACACUUUAACCUGCAUUGAUGGAUGCAGAAACAAACUGGGUUCACAGACAAUAGUUUGGAAGUGAGAUUAAAGGGAUAUUCCGGCACAAAAUUAAUUUAAGGUCAAACACACUGUAACACCGAGUUAGACACCCCUAGGAGAGAUGAAUGUUGCCGACUGCUUGCUUCUCUAGUUAUUCCAACUUUAGUAACGACCACAGGAUAGAAAUACACAGCGGUCUGAGGAGCUAUAAACAAACCUCGACCAAAACGUCACUCUAUAGCCACAAAUAAUGCUCAGAACAGCACCUAACUUCAUCCUAGCCACAGCACUAGCCAUCAAACAUCUUUUCUUUAGCAAAGAGACUAAACACAACUCAUCUACUCUCUUCCAGCAGCCGUUUGUUAGUAGCAAGACCUCAGGCUAGUCCAUUAAGGACUGCUGCGGGGUGACGCAGCUCAAGGAAGAACAUUUAUGAUCAUUUCUUUUUCAUUUCCUUAAAGUAAUAAUCAUCAUAUUAAUAAUUUUUUUACUGCAGACUCGGUAGUUCUUCUGUCUUAGCGUCUCGGUCUGAUUGCAUUUCCAUGAAGAAAUUAUCAUAAAUGUUCUUCCUUGAGCUGUGUCACCCCGCAGCAGUCCGUAAUGGACUGGCCCAAGGUCUUGCCACAAACAAGCGGCUGCUGGAAGAGAGUAGGUGAGUUGUGUUUAGUCUCUUUGCUAAAGAAAUUAGGCAAAGUUAAAAAGAUGUUUGGUGGCUAGUACUAUGUCUGUGACCCUAUAUGUCCUGUUGAUGAAGUUAGGUUCUGUUCUGAUCAUUAUUUGUGACUAUAGAGUGGCGUUUUGGUCGAGGUUUGUUUAUGGCUCCUCAGACCACUCUGUAUUGCUAUCAUGCGGUCGUUACAUUCAUCUCUCAAGGGGGUGUCUAACUCAGUGUUACGGUGUGUUUGACUCUAAAUUAAUUUUACGCUGUAAUAUCCCUUAAAGACCAUGCAGUGACUUCCACUACAGAGUCAUGUUACUUUAUUUCAAAUCUGGUCAUUCAGAGUUAGUUUCAGUUUCUCCUGAUCUCUGAAUCUUUACAAAAAUCAACACAAACUCAAAGUUUCUCACUGGAGCUUUAAUAUGUUUUUCUUAAUGAUGAUUUAAUAAGAUUAUUAUGAUUAUUAUUAUUUUACUCCAGUGUGAUAAUCUGCCUGUGUUUGUUUGUGUUAGUUCUACAGGUGUUUCAGGGCAUUCCUCAGAUGCUCCACCCCCGAGCAAAGCUCCACCCUAAAGACAUUUUCACGGGUGACAAAGACGCUCCGCACUUUCCGCCAGGAGAAGGAGCCGCACGUGUCCGCUCCCGCGCCCUCCACCGCCCAACCCACGCCAAACUCCUUGCGGAGAGCCAGUCAGGGGGCUCCAUCUCCGUCAAAUCACAGCUCUUCUGCAUCCCACCCAUCUGCUACCGCCGCUGCUAACAGCCCCAAACCCAAACUUGUUCUGGUGACUUACUACAGGGAAUAAAAUCAAAGAAAACAACAGCAGCAACUGCAAGAGGUGAACGUUUACAGAAAAGAGAAGGAGCUACCGGGAGCCGGGGCGCAGCUCUGCAAUUAAGAAACAAAUCCUCUUAAUAGUAGAAAAGAGCGAGCGCAAAGUGAGCUCAGUGGGAAUCUUAAAUACAAGCAGGGAUCUUCUAAUCCCAGAGCAGGUUAUUGUUGCUCUGUGAAGUCGGCAAACAGGGAUUCACACAAAACGCCAGUCUUAUCCUGCUUACCAGAGGCUCUGUAUACAAAGCAGGGGACUGGGGCUGAGCAAAAGUGCUUCAUGUUGAGACGACAGACUUUUUAGAUGACAAAAAAAUCCACAGAAAUAGGUCAAGGUAUCUGAAAUCUGUUCUUUCCUAUUCAGAGGAAAUAUUCAGGAACAUUUUGGAGAAGCACAGCGUUCUUUGGUGGAGAUUUCAUAAACGGAUGGGAUUUUUGGUAAACAGGGCGAUGGGGUAUUUGUCUGCUUAAUUGUAUAACUACUGUUAGCGGGAUUAUUCUGUCUUUUUGGUUGAAGAAGUGGGUAAGCAUUUUUCCCUGACCCCAUUUCCAUGCCUGAUAUCUGAGGAUUUGAUACAGAGUAUUAAAGAUUUGUUCAACAAUUUUAUGCAAUUUAAAACUGGGAAGGUUUCUAUUUUAUGGCUUUAUUUUCACUCCGCUGCAUACAGGCCCUCUGCUCUCAUGGCUGGGAUCAUUAUGAAAUCCUUUAAAGGGACAUUUCACCACGUUAUAAGGGACAUGUAGGGAUUUCUCUGUCUUAGGAUGUCUUGAUGUUUCUCUUUGCAAAGUGGAAACGUGGUUUUGUGUUGUCUCUUGAUGUUUUUCCUUUGCUUAUGUAACAUAAAUGAAACCAUAUCACCAACGGA